CCUUUCUUCCCCCGGGGGAGCGGGAGGCAGCAGCCAGCCAGCCAGCCCUCGCCAGUUGCCAGGAAGCCGUCCGUCGGCGAUGCCCUCUGAUUGGAACGCUGCGCUCAUCCAUCAGGGCGGCCGGCGGAGGGUGCCUGCUCGCUCCUCGCCGCGUCUCGGACCAGGAGGGGCCAUGCCGAGGCUACGGGCUUAGCGGGUGGGGGUGGGUGGCGGCAGGAGGAGGAGGAGGAGGAAGAGGCUGGCUUUCUUGGCAGGCGAAAGGCGCGCCCAGCCACCUCCGGCUUCCACCAUGAGUCCGGCGUGAGCGCAGCCGAGGGCGCACGGACAUCUCCAUGGUGCAGGACGGCGGCAUGUCACGCACACCUUACAGCUCCAGCCAAGACAUCCAGAUGGAGGUCUUGGACAACCCGGGCCUCCAGGUGAGUAGCGGCGCAGCCCGAUCCGUUGCCUUCUCCUGCCAGCCCGCUGGGCGGAGGACUCAUGGCGUUAGGGCGUGGGGAACUUUGGACGGGUGGAGAGCUUUGCGCGGGGAAGAAAUCGGAAGGUGGAGAGGGAAAGGAGACCUUUAAUUGUAAGCGACAGCCAGGCAUCCUUCCCAGACAUGGGCUGAUCCACCCUCGGUCCUGGCUUUCACCCGUUUCUCACCACCACAGCCCCGCGUGUUAUUGAGGGGGAUGGCGUCGUCGAGGCAGGGAGAGGGUAGCUUUUAUGUUUUCCUAGAUUCUGACUUUGAUCCUGGACACACAGGCACCUGGGGGGGGGGGGCGUUGAGCCAAAGGGAGAGAGAUGUGAGUCAUGGAGUUGGAGGGAGAGAAUGGCAUAUUUGAGGGUUGCGAUGGUUUUUUAGAAGCUUGCCUAGCUACAUAGAGGCGCACCAGGAAUGUACCUUGCACAGCCCUUCUCCUCCCGCUUGGGAUCAGUUAUAGCCGCUCCCUUGCCUCUUCCAUUACGGGAUCGGCUCCCAGACGCCAAGGGCACCCACUUGGUGGAAAAAAUGCAUUGCUUUUCGUGCUGUCCCUGCCGUGCCUUUCCAUGCAAGCGGAUGAGAUUAAACCAAUGCACGUCCAUCCAUCCAAACACGCAAACAUUUUGCAGAAAGCCAGACCAAAGGAUCUUCUGGCUGUGGCCUGUGCGGGGUCUAGAAGGGGCUGCAUCAAAUGAAGAAAGGGAUUGCACCAGAUAUGUUAAGCACCAUAGCCCUUGAGAUCUGUUCCUGUUUCAGGUGAGGGACUAGUGGCUAAAGCAGCCUUCGCCGGCUUGGUACUCUCCAGAUGUUUUGGACUACAACUUGGAUGUGGUCCAAAACGUCUGAAGAACACCAGCUUAGCAAAGGCUGGGUUAAAACAUUGGGAGAUGAAGACCACUUGUUCCUGCUCUCUGCCACUGACUUCCAGCCUCAUCUCCCAUGACUCAGAUUCCUUUCAUCUGGAAAAAGAGGAGUAAUGGUUUGAGGUAUUUGGAUGGCACACCCAGCUGCACAUGGAGAAGGUGCUCAUGGAAUCUCCAUGGGUUGGUUUGGGAGUAUACCAGUCUCUUGAGGAAACUUGGCACUAAACACACAAGACCACCCAGAGCUUCUCCCCCACCUCUGUAUCUCCCAGCAGCUUCUACAGCCAAUAGGACACUGGUGGAUCUAUCAACAAGUUUCAGAAGGGACUGCGGAGGUGGUAUCAGUCUUCUCUGUGGGGUAGGAAAAUUCUAGGGUGAAGAUAAGCCAACAUCAAUCUUGUGUGAUCUAGCUAUUUCUGUUUUAUCUAGAAUUCCUGUCGUCUGCUGCUGUAUGCUCAAAUGUAUAUAGCAAACUGCAUACUCAGCCCUUUUUAACAGUUCAGGCAUAGCAACACUGCACUAAGCGCUCUGAGUAGUGUGUCCUUGUUUAUUUACUAUAUUUUAUUAUAAUGGACCCCAAGGUGGGUUUGCAACAUAAACUCACACAGAAUAAGGGCUUGUUUGUACACUGCUGGAUUGAUUGUAACCUCUGACUCAAACGUCCCUGUUCCAUUAUCUCAAAGUGCAAGAUGGCUGUCUCGCUGCUUCUCUUGUUCAUCAUAGUUGUCAUCUUUUGUACGCACUCUUCCUGAAGCACAUAAGAAGCACCUCAGUGGCUCAGGCUGAGGUUUUCUCGGUUCAUCAUUCUCUCCAAGAAUCCCAGCAAGCAGUAAGGAACCUGUAGCCCACCAGAUGUUGUUGGACUCCCAUCAGCCCCAGCUAACCUGGCCUGUAGUCAGGGGUGAUGGUUGCAGUCCAGCAAUAUCUGAAACGCCAUAGAUUCCCCACUCCUGCUGCAAGUGGUCCACUGAAAACCGGCAGUGCUCCCCUAGCAAGUCCACCAUUACCUGCUGCCCCACUCUUGCCCUAGGGGUAGAGGAUUGGCCCAGGGAGACAAGGGUUAGUGUGAACCUGUGGUUCUGAUGGAGCAUGUAAGGAGGUUGCCAAGACAUUGUUUGAGUCAUUUUAGGGAAGGGGUACUAAUGUAUUUGACUCUAGUGAGCAAAUGUAGGUACUGGGAGACAACAACUCAGAUUGGACAGCAGGUCAGUUUUAGAUAAUAUGAGAGGCCAAAAUGUCCAGCCUCCCUCUCUCUUUGCCGGUUGGAUGGAUGAUAACAGAGUAAGUGGAUCUCAGUGGCAGAAUGUACUAAGCAAAUGUACCUACCUGGUGCUGUUUGUGAGAUCUAAGAAAUGGGAGAUUCUGGAUUCUUUUUCUUUCAUUUUAUAUUUUUCCUAAUUUUAUUCAAGUAUGCUUACAAAAGAAAAAGAACAAAACAUAGCUAUCAAGUAAGCCACUGGUACAUGUAGGGAGGUUGGAAUAUAAAACAGGUACAGACAACCAAGUACAGAAAAAGACAGCAGGAUCCAGUGGUGGUGUUUUAAAGAUUCCAGGUUCUAAUGACUAUUUAUGUGCUUCAAGGGAGUGUGAGAAAUACCAGCUUGAAGGAAGACCUCAGAGGAGAUAUACCCCAAGCUGAAUGAUGGAUAAGAGAGUAGUAGCUCGAUGGGAGUAUCAAGCAAAGGCUUCUGGUGACAGAACCCAAUAUAAGGCCACCUUAGCCAAAACUGUGCCCUCUAGGUGCUGUUGAACGACAACUCCUAUCAUCCCUGACCAUGGGCCAUGUUGGCUGGGGCUGAUGGCAGCUGUGCUCCAAACAACACCUGAAGUUGGCCACCUCUACAUUAGAGUACAGGUUAGCUCUUAUUGAUGUGAUGGUGAAAUAUGUGGUCCUUAAGUAGUUUGGUCUAGCUCAGUGCAGCAGCAAUACCCCCACCUGAACCUUAAACAUAUAGCCUCCCAGCACCAGCAAUUCCCCCAUUUCAUCUGAAACUCGCAGAGAGUAGUGCUCCACCCACUCUCUUGGUGUGUGGAAUGUCAUGAGUGAGUCUACCCCUUUUCCUCCUUUUGUCCCUCUCUGUGGUCCCACCCCCACCCCCCAGGUGGUGGAUCCCGACUGCUCUCUGCAGCUAUGUAUGACGCACGUGCCUUAAUUAGAACAAGCGGGGAGGAAAGGCCUAAAAAUACCCAGCCCUCCGGUCUCUGCCUCCUUGCCUUGCCCUGCCUGGCCUUAGAACUACGAGAACCAUGUCUGCGGGGGCCUGGUAACAACUGCCUUCUCCUCUGCCAGCUGUCCCUCUCCCUCUCCCUGAGACAUACUUGGGAAGUGUCUGGUUCAUUCUAGCCCCCCCCCCCCCCACGCUCCCUCUCUCAACACACCCUAGAGAGAAGGGCCUGGAUUUUUCUGGGGACUGUCCCUCUGCAAAAAAAAAAGGCAUGGGGCGGAGCUGUGAUUCUUAGAAGCAGGUGGAAGCAUGAAGCCGGUACAUUUAUUUCCCCCCUCUCCAAAAAAGGAACCUGGUGAUGCUUCUUUUCUAUAUAAAGAGGGAGAGGGAAACGCUGCCGUGACCAGCAGAGGGUGAUGAACUGGGCAGGGAAGGAAGCAGGACUGUGGGGGAUAUGGCAAGAGGCUGCCUGAUACUUACACACCUGAGGAUGCAGGAGAGAGAUUCUUCCUCCCUUUCUCUUUUUGCUUUGAGUCCUACACUUUCCUCCCUGCUCCUGUUCUUUUGCUGGCCUUCCCAAGUUAUCUUCCUGCUCUCUCCCACUGAAAACUGUGCUUAGUUCUCUCCAUCCUUUCCGGCCUCAUAUGUGGGGGAAAUAUCCCACGGCCUGCAAUAUUAUAGCAACAUUUGCAACUGAUCAGGGGCUUUCUCCAAAUUCUCCAAGAAUUUCUCAUAAUCAUCUCGGCAGUUCGUACGACUGGGUAGGGAAGCCUGUGAUCUCCUGGUGUCCCUUGGCUGGCGCUCCCAUCAUCCCUAACCAUUGACCAUGCUAUCUGGGGCUGUUGGGAACUGGAGGCCAACUACACUCGGAGGGCCCCAGGUUCCACAGCACUCCAACAAUCCUUGUAUGGUCCAAACAGGCUUCCUCAAACUCGGCCCUCCAGAUGUUUUGAGACUACAGUUCCCAUCAUCCCUGACCACUGGUCCUGCUAGCUAGGGAUCAUGGGAGUUGUAGGCCAAAAACAUCUGGAGGGCCGAGGUUGAGGAAGCCUGGUCCAAAACAAAAAACAAUUUAAAACAUCUAAAAACAUGUAAAACAGCCCCCCCCCCAGCUAAUAAUGUUAAGGUUGCCUGGGGCAGUGUCUUUCAGCCACAAAAUCCCUGGGUUAUGUUUCAGCCAUCAAUAUUUUUGAGUUCAUGCUGAAAAUUAAGCAGCUGCACCUCACCAGAAAGGGCAUUCCACGAAUGGGGAGCUGCCACCAAGAAUGUUAUGGGUCAGUGCCAACUGGGCAACACCAACAGGCCCUCCCCUGCCUAUCUCAGGGCCUGGUCUAUAGAGCACUGAUCUAUUGCUUUCAACAGCCUCCACCAACCUGGUACCAUCCAGAUGUUUUUGACUACAGCUCCCAUUACCCCCAGCCAACAUGGCCAUCCUUAGGCCAACUUUUGGCAUCCUUAGCAUUGGAUCCGAGUUGCAGAGUCCUUGCAUCUGACAUGACCCAUACACAGCUCAUGAAUUUGCAGUGCUUACUCCGUUGCCCCUCCCAUUAAGUGGAAAUGAAUAUUCUCACAUUCCUUUUUAACCCUUCUGUGCCUGUAGCAGGUUUGAGCACAAAACACAUCCCAGCUGAGCUACUCCUUAGCAAUGAAUCAGUUGCAUGUAUAACUCUGGGCAUGUUUGUGUGGAGUUAUGGAGUGGCGAUCCUAAUCUGCGUUAGUGAAAUGCGAGUACAGAAUCAGUGUCUCUUAAGUUAGGUAAAAGUAAAGGGACCCCUGACCAUUUAGGUCUAGUCGUGACUGACUCUGGGGUUGCGGUGCUCAUCUCGCUAUAUUGGCCAAGGGAGCCGGCGUACAGCUUCUGGGUCAUGUGGCCAGCAUGACUAAGCCGCUUCUGGCGAACCAGAUUAGCGCACAGAAAUGCCGUUUACCUUCCCGCCGGAGCGGUACCUAUUUAUCUACUUGCACUUUGAUGUGCUUUUGAACUGCUAGGUUGGCAGGAGCAGGCACCGAGCAACGGAAGCUCACCCCGUCACGGGGAUUCGAACUGCCGACCUUCUGAGCGGCAAGUCCUAGGCUCUGUGGUUUAACCCACAGCGCCACCCGCCUCCCUUGUCUCUUAAGUUACUGCAGACUAAAAGGAAGGUCAUCUUUUGCAUGUACCCUUGCGUGCGGAGUUCCUUUCCUUUUGCAGCUUUGAAGCAGUUUUUGAUUGUUUUGAUCCAGGGCCUUGUAUGAGGUGUGGCUUCCCGUUAUGCUUGCUAAUAUGCUUUGCAAGGUAAUUAGUGUUUGGAUAGCCUUCCACUACCAUCUCCCUGUGCUCUGAUAAUUGGUGUCUGGCCUAUGAUGCUGUGGGUGGGUGGCAAGACCAUCCAGGACUCUGAAGAGCAGAUGGAUGUGUCAGUUGGUUUUAUGGCCGUGCCAUGCAGGGUCGAGUGGUGUGCGUGUGUGUGUGUGUGUGAGAGAGAGGCCCUGCUUUUUCCAUCUCCUCACAGGCACCCACACUCUGAUUAGGUUUAGGCACAAGGAUAUAUGAGAGAAAAUGAGUAUGUGUGGGAGAGAAGUAGCAAAUAAAAACAUAAUGAUAUACAUAAAUGGAACAGAGUCUGAAAACCCUACUCAGUAUUGUUUUGACAACUGCCAAGGCCUGGUACUCAGGUAAAUGUAAUUGCCUCCUUAUGCAUAUUGGAGAAGAUCCUCUCUGAUUACUGUGGCUGAUGACCAGCUGCCCCUAUGUGAGGGUGGAGAGGAUUCUGAUUUCAGUAUCAAAACAAUUACAGCUCAUCAUGAUUUAAAAUCAUUUUGGUCCAUGCUGGGACAGUCCUGUGAUGUGUGGAUUUAUUGGCUAACCUCAUCCACCCCCACUCUCCCUUUACCUUUGUCAGACACUAUUCUCUAUAUUCUCAUCUUACGUAGAUAUAAACUCUCCAAGCAGGAAGCUGUGCCUGUUGCUUUCAGCACAUAGCAGACUUCUGGUACUGAAUGUAUUUUACCUAUUUGUUGUCCAGUGUUUUUGCCUUCCUUGAGAAGAUCAAGAUACUGUUUCGCUCAGGUCUGGUAAACCUCUGGCCCUCCAGAUGUUGUUGUGCUACAGCACCCAUCAUCCCUGUUCAUUGACCAUGCUAGUUGGGGCCAAUGGGAGUUGGGGUCCAACAAUAUGGUACUGGGGGAGCAAGCCAAGGAGAACAAUGCAAAACUAGGUGUAUUUUUGUUUUGUUUUGUAGCUUUGGUUUAGCAGUGAGUUGCAUACACUUACCUAGGUCUGCGCUUGUAUUUAUUCCUACCACCUUUGCACACUCUCUGAUCUUUGCAUCCUCUUUAACCUCCUAGGGGAAAUAUAGCAAAAGGAAGAAUCGCUUCAAACGCUCCGAUGGCAGCACCUCAUCUGACACGACUUCAAACAGUUUCGUCAGGCAGGUAAGCUCAAGCAGAGGGAGGGGGCUGGGAAUCGAAGGGCUGCAGGGGCGUAACGUGAAGUUUAUAACUGAGGGAAUUCACAUCUCUCACGUGGUGGUUGCUGCUUAUUAGUACAUGGUGUUUGAAAGAACAGCACACAUUAAUUUCAAUGUGCCCUGCUGUGAUUUCUCUGACUUUGAGAAUCUCCCUCCAGUGGGCAGCAUUUUCAUUGCAAGUUUGCUAUUUCUCCCACCUGCUGCAAAGGCGUAACUCAAGGAUGAGAAACUGAACAGGGAGUUGGGAGAGAGCUUUCAGGAUUAUGGGGAUGGGAGUCAGGGGUGAAGAGAUUCCUUCCCAAGCACAUGCCUAGUCACUUUCCACGGCUCACAGGCUCUUUCUCUCUUUUCCCUUGCUACACCUCCCUGCUUCCCUUGCCUUCCUGUUCCUCGUCCAUUGCCAAAGGAAAUGCUAAUACGACCAGUAGAUUGGCGCAAUAGUUCAUGCAAUUAUGAAAAAGCCAAAUUACAUCAUUUGACAACGUUUAUUCUGAACACUUACUUUUAAAUGUCAUUGAUGCAGAAUUAGGAAUUCUCUCGAACUCUCUGGGCACCUUCCUCCUCUCAAAAUAUUUUGCUCUGGGCAAUGAGGAAUGUAUUUCCAUUUGUGGGUGGCAGCAAAUCCACUUAUUUCCCCAUGUACAAUAACCAGUUAAAUAGGAAGAAGCAGUGCUAUUUUUCAGGGGAUACUCAAGUGUAUGCAGUACUGGCACCUCUUCUGUUGUUGUUAAAAAGUGUGGCACUUAUUGUAACAACUUCAUGGUGAGUACUGGCACCUAUUUUUCUAGAAAAAAAGGCACUGGGAAGAACUAUGCCUAAGAAUGCAAACUGUGCUCUCUGACAUAGAUGCCAUAGAUCCACUUGGUCCCCCCCCCCAAGGGCUCUGUGAACAAGGCAGCAUUCGGCUACUCAGGCGAACUACAAUCCUACACCCACUUACCCGGGAGUAACUCCCACUGAACUCAGUGGGUCUGACUUCUGAGUAAACUGCUUUGUUAAAAAGCUGCAGCUGCAGCUUAUGGAGGAUCUAAAUGCUUACAAAAGCCAAGGCAGCAAAGAGAGCAGUCUGCGUAGAGGUGAUGAGAAAGAAAUGACUAGAGGCUAAGAUUCUGGAAAUCAGUCCGUGCCUGUUGUACAGUAAGCCAGGGGUCAGCAACCUUUUUCAGCAGGGGCCAGUCCACCAUCCCUCAGACCAUGUGGUGGGCCAGACUAUAUUUUGGGAAGUGGGAAAUGGGAAAUGAACAAAUUUCUAUGCCCCACAAAUAACCCAGAGAUGCAUUUUAAAUAAAAGGACACAUUCUACUCAUGUAAAAACACGCUGAUUCCCGGACCGUCUGUGGACUGGAUUGAGAAGGCGAUUGGGCCGCAUCCGGCCCCUGGGCCUUAGGUUGCCUACCCCUGCAGUCAACUAACAAAGGGGAUGGCACUGAUAUCUGAUGGUUCCUUGUGCCUUUUUACCCCACAUAGGAAAGUUUUCAGAAGGGCAGUCUGAGAUCAAAGACAGGCCAUUUCCUUUCAUCCUUCAGCUUGGCUGCUAACUUGGCUGUUGUUGCUUUAACUCAGGGAUGGGGAACCUCAGACCCAAAGGUCCUAUCUCUGUCUGGCCCUUGGGACCACACCUCCUCUCCCUAGGCCACACCCCUCACCAGCUUUGGUGGAUGGAGGAGAGGUGUCUGAAUGUGUGUAGAAACCAGCCUGCUGUACAAAGGUAAAUUUUGCACCCGUUGCUCUGCCCACCUUUGGCUGUGGAUCCCCAAUUGGCAUGUGGCCCCCAGAAGGUAAUGCGGCCCUCAGGCUGAAAGAGAUUCUCCCCUCCCCCUGCUGCAGCUCAUCACUGUUAAGCAGUGUUUUGUUUCAUUGCUAUUUAUGUUUACACAAAGGGAUUAUUAGUAAGGUAUAAGCCCAUCUGCGAGAGUCUAAGGUUCUGUUCCCUUCCAACUAUUACUUGCUGGAUGUCCAGUGUUUUCAUAGCUGGCUUCCUCGCCCCCAAAUUCGACACCUGGGUGAAAGGUGCCAGGAACUGCACCUCUCCAACCCACCCAAUGUGUUGGUUUUCAUUUCGACCACUCUUGCAGUUUCUUGCCUCUGCAAAUUGAGGACAAACAGAAACCUCUUUGUCCCUCACGUAGGGAAGCAGUGAGGUUGCCAUAGCAAUCCCCCAUCUGGUUGAGUGUCUGGAACUGAGUGAGGAAGAAACUCAGCCCUUGUGUAGUAGAUUUGUAAGAAAGAGGGUACAAAGUAAGUGCGGGAAACCUUGUUUCCUCUGAUGGGGACCCUGUGGUUCAAACACUGCAUCAGAUCAGAAUCCAUGGUCUUCUACUUAAAAGGCAACGGGCGUCUGAGGUGAGAUAUGUACAUUUCCAUCCCCUUGCCAGGUGGAAUCACUACUCUGUGCUCUCUGCCUAUGCUAGAAAGAGACAGUCUUUGUCUCAAUCUUUUCUAUGGUUGCUGUCUGGUAACUUUAUCUGUACCAGGGUUGUAGUGCGCCGUUGUCCCAUGAGUUCAUACUUAAGUUCUUCAAUUGCAUUUUAAAGUUGCUACACUCCUUUUGCUUUUCAGGACUGGCUAUGAACUUUAGCCAAGGCUACAGCUGUUUGUACUCAACAUGACAUGGUCACACAAAUUUCAAAUUCUGUACAACUCUUGACAAAUUCUAGUAUUUUUAAAAGUAUUCUAAUUAAGCAAACCUGCAUGUUUUGUAUUGCAUGACUUAUUCUGCCUUGAAGACCCAAGUUGUUUUCUAAUGCAUCUUUUUGGAUGAGCAGUGGCAGAAUGGAGGGAGGGAACAGAGUUUGAUGACAGAAGCACUUCAGGGGCAGGAACUAGUGGGGGCAGUAGCUACAUUCCAUUCGUAGGGCUCCCCACAUCCUAAAGUCUUUGGCCAGGUUAACAUCAGAAAACAUUUCUGAAUCUUGAAAACAACACUUCCAUCACUCUAGUCCUGGCCACAAAAUGUGACCUAUUUCCUAUUGUGUCAGGAUACAACUCGGGCUCAAGUUUUAGUGAGUCUCCCCUCUGGCUUUGCAGAUGUCACCUUGCCCUCCCAUUUAUUUAUUUUUUCCUUUUCACAUUUUGACAACAGUUACAAGGACUGGAAAUCUUCUUUAAAAACAUUUCCACAAUAGGUUGUUGCCGAUGAAAGCUCAUGCUGCAGCUCAGAAGUAAAUCCUAUUGAAUUCAUUGGGCCUUGGCAAGUGAACUUCUGUUUGCAACCACAGUCUCACCGGUUCCUCUAGAAUCUAAGUUAAAAGCAUUCUUUUGUUGAAAUUGGAGUGUUAAUACGAUAAUAUGGAUGCAGGGGUAAAUUUUCCUAUUGCAUAUUACUGAGGUUCUGCUUAAAUAGAAAAAUUAAAGACUAAAAAAGCAAAAAAAUAAAAAUCUAUGAAGGCCCUGUUGCUUCAGCAUCAUCAUGACCAAGUUGUGUCUUGCGUGGACUAAUAGUCUGCCCCCUUUAUAACACACCCGUCUCUGUCCUAGGCCCUGUGGUUCCCUCACCCUCACCCGCACCCAUUUUCUAAUGUGUGAAUAGAAAGAAUCGGGGAAUCGAAGGAGAGCUACUGGGAGGGGAGGGAUGGGGAAUCUGUGACCUGAACUUGUGUUGCCAUAGUGAUGACGUAGGAGGCCGUUGCUAUGGUGGAGAUUCCUUGAGCAGGCCUCUGGCAGAGCACCAGAGCACUUUUUUAAAAGCGCUUGCAUGCUGAGCGUUCCCUCCAUCCACAGUCGAGGCCCUUUUGUGGUUCUCAAUGCUGCUGCAGGGUCUGGAGAGGGAAGGAGGAACAAAUCACAGCAAAAGGUUUAUUUUUGAGACUCUGCAAGGACGCCGUCUGAGAGGGAAAUUGGGACAAGGGGAAAGGCAGGGGCUCCUGCUGGUUGGGAGGGGAAUUAUAAACACGGGGCUCCAAACAACAGCAAAAAAACAACAACACUCCAAAUGUCCAUUAUCUUCUCAUGCCCUUCCUCUUCUGCCUUCUGGAUAUGAGUUUCCCACCUUUGUCCAGAAGAGGGCAGUGUAUGACUUCUGAUGCCCAUAGCCAAGAAGACAAAUUGACAAGCCACAUCCCAAAUUAUGAAGGUGAGGGGCUGCCCCCCUCUCUCUUCUCCUUUUUCUCCUGAUAUCUUGUUACUCUGAGACCAGGGAAAAGGUGGCUAGGAGAAUGAGGUGUAGAAACAGUGGCUGUGUACACACUAUAAAAUACUUCCGAUGCACAUUCAAAGCCUUUCCCUGCCAAGAAUUCUGGGCACUGCAGUUUACCCCUCACAGAGUUACAAUUCCCAGGAACACUUAAGAAAUUAUGGUGCCCAUAAUUCUUUGCAAGGAAAGAAUCUGCUCUAAAUAUAUAGUGUGUACACAGCCAGUGUUAUGAUCUUGAAGCAAGAGAAUUGACAUGAUUACCUAACACUAAGGAUUGUUGGUUUUACAUAGAAUAAUGGAAUCAUAGAGCUGGAAGGGACCAUGAGGAUCAUCUAGUCCAAUUCCCUGCAAUGCAGGAAUCUUUUGCCCAACUUGGGGCUUGAACCCAGGACACUGAGAUUAAGAGUCUCAUGCCAACUGUAGGAAACCGAAGUUAAAACCCCACCCCACUCCAUGAACGUGGCUUUGGGCAAGUUAAUUGUCUUAUCUCUCAGUCUUAUGUUCUUACUUAGCUUUUAAUUUUUAUGUUUUUUAUUAAUAUAUUUAUAUAGGCCGCUUGGUGCACUGGCAUGCAGUGAGGGCUCUGGUGAGGCUAAUAUGCUGCUCUGAGCUCUGAGAUCUGAAUGCAAGCAUUAUGUGUACAUUUGAAAGUGAUAAAAUAAAUCCUUACGCAACCAUUUCCCAGGAAGGGCAAGGAAUUGGAGCUUUUAAGUAUGCUAGAUGUUGGAAGAAUCUUUAUGACAGGGGGGAAAGAGAUGCAGAAGAUGCGACUAGGAAAGCCUUGCUCAUUCUUUAGUAUUCAGGUGAAGCCCCAGCAGGGUUAUUGAAUCAAGGUGGAAAAUUAAGGCUGCCAGAGAAGGAAUUGACCUUGAAUUGGGGAGAAACAAACAAGUGCUUCUCCAUGGCAGAUAAAAGCAGUUACGUACACUGUUUAUUUUUGUGUCUGUACAAUUCUAAAAUCUAAAUUGAUUUUAGAAUUCUCUAAAAUCAAAUUUCUGUCAGAAUUCUAGAAGCCCAAUUCCCUUGGGUUUCAAAGAAGUUUCUGGCCCUCAUGGUGGCAGAAGUGUGCUUGAAACCCUGUAGGUAGUGGCCACCAUCAAGAGUACCACAAAAGCGGCAGGAGAGCUUGCAUCCAAGAAGAAAAACCUAGGUGGGGUUAGGCUGACGAAUGGGGACCCCAUUUGGGCUAUGCAUGAUAAAUAGGAUUUCUGCUACCCCUCUCCCCACCCCUUACAUACACAACCUGCAUCCUCCAUCAACACGAUAUUUUCCACACCCAGUAAAGCAGAUCAGACUGCUUGUGAAGACUGUAUUUGUUGGCUCAUGGAACAUUUAUGGCUAUAAUGUUUAGAUAGAUUUGCUGUACGUCAUAGAGCUGCUCAGGAAUGGCCCAACUAUGGAGACAAGCUAGGCAACUGCUUGAUCGCCAAAGUUCUGCGUACAUCUGCCUUGGCUACAUUCAGAGAUCACAGUAAACUAUGGCUUAUCACAUUGGGAACAAGCUUGAGCCUCCUGUGCUCCAUGUUCUCCUCUCCUCUCAGGAGAAGAAACACUCAAGAGCUUUCACUUCAGUUUUUGGCUAACCACAGUUUAGUGUUACAUCCAAACCCUUUAGUGUAGCUAAUCCUAACUAUGGUUAGUUGCAACAUGUAAGCUUCAUAAUUAACAGUUUGAAGCAAACCAAUGUGUUGGGUUUAGAUAAAACAUCAUGCUGCAGUUAAUUUAAAAAAAUGGAGAUAUGAAAGCCUCUAAACUUCUCCUUAUUGUUGUGUAUGAGCUGAAGGCUCACCUAGGCUUGUUCCAAUCAGGAACAAUCAUGAUUUACCAGAAGGAUGGGGAAUCUGUGGCUCUCCAAGAUGUUGUCGGACUCCAGCUUCUAUCAGCCCCAGCAAGCAUGGCCAAUAGUCUGGAACUGUGGCAGUUGUAGUCCAACAGCAUUUGUAGGAUCAUAGGUUCACCAUCCCUGGUUUAUUGUGACAUCCAAACCCCUCCUAUGUCUUCAAAAGGUAUCUUCUGCCUGUACAUUUGUACGAGCUGUACAGACACAGCUUUUUAGCUCAAAAGCUUGAUGCAUUCCAGGUGACACAAUCAAAAGCUUUCUGCUCUGAGUCAACCACCCAGGACACAAAUGCAGUUGUGAAGGGGAGAAAAUAAGGAGUGGCAGGCAUUAUGAAUGAAAAUAAUAUCCCAGUCAUCUCUUUUUAUAUGCUAUGUUGUGCUAUCAUUUAAUGCGCUAUUUGUGGCUGCUUAGCAUACAUGUAAUCCUAAAGCGUCAAGGGCAAAAUCUGAAUUCUCCUAUGGCAGUAGUUUUCAACCCGUGUGCUGUGGCACCCUGGGGUGCCUUGAAUGAUAGUCAGGGGUGCCAUGGGCAACACUGGCCUCUGUCCCUCUUUCCUUCCCUCCCUCCUCCGAUGCCCUCUCACAUCUCUGCCUCCCAAAGGCUUGCACGGCCUGUUUGUUGCAGCAGCCCUGGCUACAAGCUCCCCAGGCAAAUGGUGCCUCUGGGGCUGGCCAGGGGGUGCUUCCCAGGCCCCUGCGAGUCACCUCUCUUUGAGGCAGGGGGGCAGCUCAGAGACCAGGGGCAGCAGCUGCAGUUGCCCAGAGGGCUCCGAAGGAGAGGAGAGGAGGCUUAGGGAACACUCCACAAGGGGGGGUGUUUGAAAAAGGGUGAGAGGCUGCCAGCUCUGCAGGCAAGGGGUGACAUAGCUGGGCUCCUGAGCCCCACAGGGUGCCGCAGGAAGAAUGGAGUUGGUCAAGGGAGCCGUGGACUCAAAAAGGUUGAAAACCUUUGUCCUAGGGCAUCAAAAACCUUUGGGCCAGUCCUGGAACUAAACUUCUAUCCUGCACAACCCCCACCCACACUGCCUUGUCAGUAAGUACCAAUUGCCUUGUAUUUACGCAGUAGCCUAUUAAGCACACCAUUUGUUACACACCCGCUUUGUACCCCUCCUCCCAAACACGGACUUCAGAAGAAAGCAUGCAAGCUAAAUGGCUUCAUUCAAAAUAAGAAUAAUCGGCAUGCAUUUCAUUGACUUGCACAAUUAGAUUUGUGCAGAAUCUGAAGCAUCCUUGGCGUUACUUGGAAAGCAGUGUCCCCGUAUGAACCUGAGCUUAGCAGAUAAGCUCUUGAUGUGCACCUACACAGCGAGUUGCUAACCACAGAGGUUGUGGUGGUGGGGAAUCUGGAGCCUCCUGAUAAAAUUGAAACUGAUACUUUUAAAAUGAGUUGGGUCCCCGCUUCCCUGCAAUCAAGUCAGGUCUGUUGGGAGAGCUGGGUUUACAAAGCAGAAUAAGCUGCAUGAUAGGGUCUUUUCCAUUCUAACCCCUAAUAUUCCAUAUUGCAGAGGCUUCCCUUAAAAUGCCUGGCUCUUCUCAAGGUGUUGCUUUUUCUUACUUUCUAACAUCCCCACCCCACCCCCUCGCCAACUCAGAGAAUUGGCUCCAAUACAGGAGUCAACCAGAAUGACUCCUGGCAUAGCCUUGUGCCCCCACCCCCACUGCUGGGAUGUUCAGUCCCUGGGCUAAAUAUACCCCAGCAGUUUGCAAAUGUUGCAGUAUGUUUGUAACCCGAGCCCCCAGCCAUCAGGCAGAGCCACCUCUGUCCACAUAAUACCAGGCCCAGGCAGCAUGGAGACGCCCGGCGACAAGGACCCCAGGCCCGUUCUGGUGAGCACUUGCACCCCCUCACCCUCACAGGCCUAGGCAGGGAGACCCCUUUUCAGUGCCUUGCCAUCCAUCAUCCACUCUGCCAUUAGCUUGGCCCCCACUCCGCCUUCGGGCUCUGAGCUCAAAAUAGACCUUACUGCUACCCUCAUGGGGUCUUCCAUCCCACUGUGCUAGAAAACCUGUUAAUCUGGCACUUCUUCCCCUACUCAUUGCACCCUCCCCCAAUUCUCUGUACUCCAUUCCCUAGUAAGCCCAUCUUCUGCCCACUCCAUUGCCCAGGAAACCCACUUCCUGCCCCAGUCCCCUGCAAGGAUAUUAAAGCCCUUCUGCAAAUCUCCCCUUACAGCUCUAACGUAUCGUCGUUGUUGGUACAGUGGAUCUUUUUAUUGUGAUGUGGAUUAGCUGCUGGUCUGUCCCAAAUGUAUUUUUAAUGUUCAUAUUUCUUCCAACUGCACUUAUUUGAUUGGCAGGCUGUUACCAACCCCUGCUUAGAUUUAAGAACUUUGGGAUCUCUCCUGAAACGUUUCAGCCCUGGUACUGUUUGAGAGCUGGAAGAUGUGUAUGAAAUCACCUUUCUUGUAUGUGUAGUUUAGCAGGGCAAAAUGGGCUGGGCGGAGAGGAAAUCUGCCCUGUUAUUUGAAUGCACUUUUAUUAUAUCUGUUGUGGUGACAAAGAAUCCAUGUCAGCAGCUGUGAGUAGAGCAACAGGGAAUUGUGGCAAUUUUGGAUUUAUUGAUCCCUGGAACAAAAUGUUAUAGACUCUUUGUUUCCCCUUCCCAGUGAUAUACCUAUCACAGUUCCUUUUCCUAGUCCAUUCAUUACCUGGUGGUUUUGACCACACAGAGGGACAUUAUUCAUUACUAAUUCUGACAUGUGCUCUGGAAGAGAGUAAGAAUGGUUGUAUUGUCCCUAGCGCUCAAACUCCAGUAUAUCUGGCAACCCACAGCCAGAGCUCUUUGUAAUUCACAGAAAAGCCUAUCCAGACCUCGAUGCUCCCCUUUUUGCUAAAGAGGAUGCCUGGUGCUUGGGGAGGCAGGGGUGGUGGUGCUUAAGCAGACCCUCCAACAAUUCUCCAAUGAAAAUAGGGACAUUCCAUUCCAUAAGGAUAAUUUUCCUAUUUAUACCCCACACAUCUUAUUGGGCUGCCCCAGCACUCUGAGCAGCAUAUAUUAAAACAUAAUAAAACAUUAAAUGUUUUAAAAAACUUCCCUAUACAUGAUUGCUUUCAGACGGCUCAGGGGUCGGAUAACUCCAUACCCUCCAACAUUUAUCCAAUGAAAAUAGGGACAUCCUAAGGAAAAGCUGGAGAUUCCUGGAUCAAAUCAGAAACCGGGACACCUUCUCUAAAUCAGGGACGUCCCUGGAAAAUAGGGACACUUGGAGGGUCUGGCUUAAGUGAUAGGGGCUUAUCCUUUCUCCUAUUCCAAGAAGAUUUAGGAUCAACGUGUUUCAAUUGGCAUGUGAAGUGGAGGGGGAGAAGGCUGUGAGUGUAGGCAGGCAGGAUGUAAUUCUUGCAUGCUGUGCAACAAUAUGGCGUGUGUUGCAGAAAAGAUGUAUAAUUUGUACUGAGAGGGGGGCAUAGACCUCAUUGGCAGAGAAAAUGCUUUGCAAGCAAAGGGUCCCAGGUUCAAUCCCCAGCAUCUCCAGGUAGGGUUGGGGAAGACUGAAAGCCCGGAGAGCCACUGCUAUUCAUUACAAGGUAAUAUAGAACUCAAUAGCCCAUGGUGUGACUUAAUAUAAAAUGCCUCCCUGUGUUUAUUAGUGCUCACUCACCCUCAUCUCUUCUGAGCUGCUGAAUAGUCAAUGUUCGCUUUGACAAGUUUUUGCAUGUGAGGCUCAUGGCACCAUCCUGGACAUAUCUACUCAGAAAUAUGCCUUGUUGAGUUUGGUGUGGCUUAUGCCCAUAGAAGGGGGCAUAGGAUUGCAGCUUUAAAUCUGCUUCCAAUUAAGUAUAUUUAUAACAGACAAAAUGUCACUGGUGACAAUGUGUAUUCUUCCCCCCCCCCACGUUCUGCCCUGUUUUAACAGCAGGCCCAUAUGACACAGACAGCUGAAAGCCAGUUUAAUAUCUUGCGUGAAAUAGAUAUAAGAUGUUCAGGGUGUUCUUUUUAAAAAACAAACCCAAGACAGAAACUCUGUUCCUGGAAUGUGUUAUGCAAAUGUAGCAAACUCUGUUUGGUUUUAAGAUGUUUGUGUUCUUUUAUUUAAUUGCAUAAUAUUGGAAGUAAAAAAUGCCAGGAGUUGGAGUAGUAGCGUGAAUGUGGAAAGGAUGGGCUUUUUGAUUAGAACAUUUGAUGCGGGGAUUGGUCUGGGCAAUGGGGCUUUGGAGGGCAAGAGAAUCCACCGGGGCAGUUAGCGUUCAGAGUGUUUGGAAGCAGAAGGUCCAAGUUCAAAUUCCUGUUCCAGCUUUGAGACUUGCAAGCUGGUUUCUGGGAAGUCAUGCACUGUCAGGGAUUGUUCUGAGGAUAAAAUAAGGUUGGGUGUAUAAUGUAACCUGACUUGAGAUUGAAUGGAAAAGAGAUCUGAAGUACUUAAGUGAAGGUGCAUGGCAUGGAUGUUUUGGAAAAGGUAACUUUUGGUUAUAAAGUAACUACUUUAACACCCCAAAAUCCACAUUAGGGCAACACUUUGAUUAGGCAAACCAAAAUAUCACAAAAUGGGCUGCCUAAUAAAGAUACUGCAUUUUUUUCGGGGUCAGCAGCAACUUUUCCAUUUUGACAUUAGAUUUCAAGUGAGAUGCAUUAGUACACGGUUUGGGGAACUAGGAUUGUGAGAUUGCGCAGGAAGAACUCCUUGAUAUUUGGCCACGGAAUCCUUGUACCAGUCUUACUCCAGUACACUGUUCACAAACCAAUUUGGUUGGAGUGCAGUGUCAUAUCUGAAUGCAGAGUGCUCAGCUCCUGCAAACAUGGGUGAAGAUCAUUUAGAUCAGACACAUCUUGCUUCCUGGCCAGUUAAGUCCCCAGAGGUCAUUUAGUGCCAUUUAGGUCCCCUGAGGUCUCAGACUUCUUUGAACUCUACCUUCACGUUUUUACUUAUUCGAAAGUCUGAGAUCUAGUUUGCGUGCGCACACUGUUACCUUUAAAACACAUUCAAAGCAAAAACAUUCUUUCCUUCAAAGAAUUCUGGGCACUGCAGUUGGUUAAAGUUUGCUGGGAAUUGUAAUGCUCCGAAGGGUAAGCUAGAAUUCUUUGGAGGGAAAAUGUGCUUUAAAGGUAUGGGGUGUACAUGGCUGUAGAACCUUGUUCUUUUAGAAAGACCCAGUGCUUGUGAUCCAGAAAACCACAAGCGUGCAAGGCUGCUUUUUACUUUGGAAAGACAGAGACUGGAGUUAUUAACGUGAAACAAUGGUUUGUGUAAACAGACCUGUUUCUCAUUGAAACAACCCAAGUUCCAAUGUGCUCUAAAACAUUUCCACCACAGGACCCACUCUGAAAAUUUCUAAGUUCUUAAAUAGUGAGACCAGGCGCGCGCGCGCACACACACACACACACACAGAGCCCUGGCCACACACCAGCCUUGCUAAUAAAUGACACAUAAAUGAGUAAGCCAAUUGCAUCUCAGAGGCACGUCACCAGCUCUUGGCUCCUUCCAUCUCCUGCCUGUAGCACAGGAGGCUAAGCUACCAAACCAGCAAGCCUCUCAACCAGGUUUUCCUUUCUUCUCUCUCUCUCUUUCCAAAAGUGUGGCAGGCAGGGUGGUGGGUAGACAUCCUUGGCUCUUAGGCGCCUUCAGCCUCUGUGUUCCUGGAAGUGUCGAGCUUCCCCAUCCUCCGACCUCCUCUUUGCCCAAUUGGGGAGGUGCUCCUGGUGUCCUUCACCUUAUUAGGGCCGCCACCUGGCAGGAUGUCCUUGUACGAGCUGGAUGAUGAUUCAGAAGCGGUGAGUAAUGCAUCCUGGCUGAUUUGGGUCCUUCCCCGCACUAUCCAUGUCUGCCUGUUGCUAGCUCAUCUCGGGGGAGAGUCUCCUCUCAUCAGCACCAUGGUUUUCUCAUUCUUUUAUGUUCACCUUCCACUCUGAAUCCCGUUUGCUCUCUGAAUCUCAACUCUUCCUUUCCAUCCUUCUCUCUUUUCAAAGAACGUUCUCCUCCCCUAAAUAAAUCAAAAGAUCCUAAAAAGAGGAUAACGUGACAUCCUGGUCCCAAAUCCCUUCUGUGGGGAUUAACUGGAAGCCCUGACCAAAACCGUACAAUGGGGGGCGGGGGCAGAAUUGGCAGUCCUUGACUGCCACUCUGGCAGGUCUCUUCAUUUGUGCUGUGGGGAUGUUCUUGGCUCCAUCUUUUCCUAAAUACUGGUUUUGUCAGGAAAAGUUUUGUAGCGUUCUUCACAUCUUUGUGCGGUGUGUGUCUGUGUUUUGUUAGUAGGGAUCUUUCCAGGUUUUUGUCUAGGCAUGAUCACUACAGAAGAUUAUGUAGAUUCCUAAAACACCAUCAUUUAUGUAAAGAAUAUUCAGGGUUUUAUUGUAGGGGAAGGAGUUUGGGUAAAUCUAUUGCAACCCCACCUCCUCCUUAAUUCCAGAUGCUGGUGAACAUCAGGCUGAGGUUGCUACACUUGAGGUGCGAGCACACCUUUUGGAGAUCUGGGAUCUUGUGCAUUCUGUGUGUGCAGACUCCCCCUCCCCCCCUCUCUUUAAGUAACCUCAUCCUGUCAAGCUCAGAGAAGCAAUCACUACAUGGGCUUCCCAAUUUUGGAGUGGAACUGGAGGGCAAAAAGUUAAGUUGUGGGCAUUUAGGAGACCAGAGUGAGAGUGUGUUCAGGUAAGAAGCUUGCAGCUAUGUUUUGCUCAGGACCACCCAUGGCCUUUUGGGUGAGGAGGUACUCUUUGGAGCUUCAGCCGUCUCUACCCAAAGCUGUUGUCGCUCUUUGCUAGCAAGUGUCGUCUUUGCAGGCUGCUAUGAUUCCUCUCCUUGCAACUUUGCGAUUUGUAGUGAUGCCCAUUCUCUGGUCUCCCUUGCAUUCUGGGAAACUGCCAUGGAAAGACCUUCCUUAUUUGUAAAUCUGCUCCACCUUCUCAACAGCUUAGCUUCUCUUCUUUGGUUUGGGGGGAGCGCUGUGACGUGCAUUUGGGUUGUGCCUCUUAUUCUGUCGUGACUGCAUUUGGUGAGGACCUGUUUUGUGUUUGCAUCUUUCGCAGCAGGGAGGUACAGGGAAGGAGAUCAAUUGCAGAUAAUUAAAUAGAUUGUAUCCCCCUGGAAUUCAACACAUAUUAAAAAAAGCAAUCCACUUCUAUUGGAGAGACGCCAGUAGAUUUGGCUUUUGUUCUCAAGAAGUUGUCUGCAUAGAAUGGGGUGGAAGUGAGCCCCCUCCAUCCUUUCCUUCCACGUUGAUUGACAGCUGCCUGUGGAGUUCUGGCCCCCUUAAGAGUCCAGCUUAGUCCUUGCAGUGAGCCUACUUUCCCUCUCCUAGCCUCAUAGGGGGGCUUGCUAAUUAACAGUGACAUUUCAGCCCCUCACUCUCACCCCAGUCAAGCUACCUCUCUUCAGAAAAAGGGUAAGAAGGCCUGUCUCAUUUUGAGCCUUAAUGAGCCAUUCACAGGAAGAAAAUGUCUCUUUCAAAAGAAAAUAAUCAAGAGCCAUGGCAGGUCACAGAUGAACAGAAAAAUCCCACAACAAUUCAGUUUAGGCCUUUUUUUAUUGGUUUGUUAAGAAGGCAGAGGAUAACUUUGUGAAGAAACAACCAAAAUUUGGUUAUAGCUAUAUAUGAGGGGACUAUGUGUGGUGUCCUCACUUGGGAAAGGGUAUGCCAGGAUUCAGUAACUGUCGAGAAAAUCACCUGUUUAAUUAAUAAAGUUUAAGUUUUGUGUGCUCUUACUUGGAAAUAAGACCCAGUAAACCCUGUGGGAUUAACCUCUAGGUAAGCAUGUGAAGGACCAGGCUGGAAAGAGAAACAAGAAUCCUAUCAAAUACUUUUAUGAUAAAAUAGCAUUAUAGUAUUUUUUAUUUUAUUUGCCAAUGUAAGUACACACACACACACACACACACACACUUCACACACUUUCUUAGGCAACGUGGUACCAUUUGUCAUCCUCCAACCUGUGGCUUUUUGUGAUUUUGUUCAAGUUUGAUUUAAAUUGCUUUUAAAACUACUUUAGAGUCUAUGCAGUUCCCUAUACUGCCAUUCCAGCAUUAUUAGAAGCCUGGCUGACUGGUUUAAAUCAGGCAGAUUCACCAACACACAUACACACACUGAACUAUCAGAAACAUUAACUUCUCCAUUACAUUGUGGUGUUGGUUAUGUUCUAGUUUGUGUUUAUAGAUUUUAAAUGUUCAUGUAUACCAAUGUGAAAAUUAUUUUUGGGUGAAGGUGUGGCUUAUUAAAAAUAUAUAUUUAAAAAAUCUACCUUCUUACAGAAAAAUAUAUAUUCCAUGGAACAUAAACCUCCUGUGCCAAGAGACCAUAUAAAAUAGGCAAAUGCCUAAGAACCUCCAAGAAUUAUCCUUAGUCUGCUUUUAUUCAGUUAUGUGCUUUUAUGCUUUAACUUGUUAAUUUAGGUUUCGCAUAAUUUUAUUCAGAUUGGCACAAAUACAUUUAUUUUGUUUUAAUAUUUGUUAAAAGAAGGACCGUUUUCCCUUUCAACUGGUCCUGUUGUGAUCUGCCAAGGAAAUCCCAUCAUUUUAAGCUGGUCUGUGUUGUAGUUCUAUUUGGGUGUGAGGUAAAAUCUCCUGCGUUAGUUAUUUCCAUAUUGUUCAAUUUUUAUUUUGUGAUGGUCUUGAUGACUAGAUACAAAUAAACGUAACUGAAAUCUCUCUGAAUCGCUCCUAGUCUUGCAGAGCUGACUCAGUACAGUAUUCUCUUUCCAUGUUUUAUACCAUAAAUUAAAAGAAAUGAAUAGAAAGUUAUUGUGUUGCCUGAAACAGAGGAACGAAUGUUGGCAACCCCUUUUCAACCAAGCUUCAUUGUGCCCAAGGCCAAGGCCAGUUAUUUUGGCACCUGAGGAAGAAAACCCCACGAGCAAUUAGUUAAUUGUUAGGUAACUAACAAUUUGCUGCCUUUCUGUGAGACCAGUGUAUAGGACUUGCCCUAAGGCUAGACCCUGUGUGUUGUUAGUGAUGGUACCCAUCCUUCUGUUUUCCACCUGGAUGUAGGUUUCAUCCCUAGCUGUCCCUUGUUGAUGUCGCAUCUGGUCAGCAACUUCCUGCGCCCUUUGUCCAGCGCAGGAGAAGAACGUUAGAAACACUGUAGUCAGCAUGACUAAAUUCACGAGUGCUGUCCAAUGUUCUGGGUGUAGACUAAGCUCAGAUUCCAAAGGCAAACAACCUCGCCAGCCUUAUGGCUCGACAGCAGUAGGUACUCUCUAGUUUGAAGGCAGCAGAUGGGAUUCAUUCCCCUACGAACGGUGUCUCUGGCUGGGCUGCUUAUGCUGCCCAGGAAUGACAGCAUGCAAUGCCAGGAUGCAGCGGAAUGCUUUCCAGAGGCCUAACCAGCAGGCAGAUGAGGCUGCUGGCUCAGGUGUGAGACAAGAGAUGGGGAGGAAGCACAGGCUGCCAGCAUCUGCUUAUACCUGCUUGGUUAACCAAGGCCUUGCUUUAAGGUCAUAUGAGGACCCGGGAGGCAGAGUCCUUGCUGAUUUCCAGUGGCGGAGCAUCUGCUUUGCAUGUAGAAGGUUCAACCCACAGCAUCUUCGGGUAGGACUAGGACAGACACCUGCUUUUGAAACCCUGGAGAGUCACUGCCAGUCAGAGUGGACUGCACUAGAUGGACUGAUGGUUUGACUUGGUAUAAGGCAGCUUCCUGUCUCCUAGCCUAACCUACCCCAUCACACCCCUCUUUUCUCCUCCUCCCUUUAGGGUUCUGCUGAGUCCUACACCAGUCGGCCCUCUGAUUCCGAUGUGUCGUUGGAGGAAGAUCGCGAAGCCCUGCGCAAGGAGGCAGAACGCCAAGCCCUAGCACAGCUGGAGAAGGCAAAGGUAAAGUAACUUCAAACAUCCUAGAGAAAUUGCAGGGUAGGGUGGGGGAGAUGGUUUUCAUAAUGCAGCCUGCUGGGGAAAGCUAUCUGGCAUCAGGAUCUGAUUCAAGAGCAGAGUCCCAUUGAGAUCCAUGUGAGAGUCUGUGGGGAGCAGCUUAUCCCGAUGGCCCAUCCUCCAGCACGUGAGAGAGGAAGGUAGGGGGUGAGUUUUGUCCCUGCCAAGGAAACAACCCAUCACAGCCUGCACCUGCAAGGAGGGAAUGCCAUGGAUGUGACCCUGCCUGACUCAACAGUGGGUGGUCUUGCUGCCUCUGUGGACUUCAGGUCUUCCAUCCUUCCACUCUGCCACCCUCCCUCAUUUUAAUUUUUGCUUUAUUUCUGUGGGUUUUUUCUUCCUGUAGCUUCCUGCCACGCCUACAGCGUAGUUGGCCUCCUUUACAGGUGUGCUCCAGGGACAUGUCCCUUCCACGGGUGGUCACAGCCAGUGUACGAUUUGUUAAGGCUAGUUUCGUAAUGCUGACUCUUGCCCACACUGCCUUAGGUUAAUUAAACAAGCUGGCUGUUACCAAUCAUUGCAAUUUAAGGGAGGGAAACAUUAACCACAACGGUGCCCAGCUUAUGGCUUAUGGAAGCCUCAGUGGGAUCAGUUAACUGACUUUUGGGCUCAGUGUUCAUGGACACACAAACCAGGGCUACAAAUUGAUUUCAGUUGCUCCAUAUUUUGCUUCGACUAGUUGGCUGUCUGUCUCUGUGCUUUUGAACUCGGUAGGCCUCUACCUCUCAGCCCCUGGCAGCAAAAUAUCCCUGCAGGAGAGCUUCCAUCAAAAUGCUAAAGGGAUUAUUGAGCUAAGGUUUCUGGAUACGGAUUCUGUAUUCUGGAUACAAUGCCAGCAGUGGGAGGAGCCAGAGCCAGCAGUGAGUAGGGCCAGAGCCAAAACCUAAAGUGGACAGAGCCCCUCUUUUCCUGCCCCCUCUUCCUGCCCCAUCCACCAAGUUGCAAGGAGGACAGAUAAUUCAUUUUUCCAGAGGUCUACAUGAAUUCUUACAGAAGUUUCUCUUUCGUCCUUCCAUUGCUGCAUCUAUUUCAGCUUUCUUCUCAUCAUCCCCAGCUCCCGCCUUCCUUCUAUACCUUAGGCUCCCACUACCUGCAUGAAAUUAGGCCAAGGGCCGCCUUGGGCCCCAGGCUCCCCAACCUCGUUCUAAAAGCUUCAAAUCACAAUAUCCAUUUGAAUGGCGCACAGGAACAAACUGGCAGCUAGUGCUGCUCUUUCACAGUGGUGUGAUAGGCUCUAGACUCAGUGAAUGGCCUUGGCUAUUCUAUUAUCAGUUUAAAUUUCCAAAUCCUCUCCAUAGUCAAGCCCAUGCAGUGUGCAUUAUAGUGGUCCAGCUUGGAUGCUGUUAGAGCAUGGAUUACUGCAGCCAGAAGCAAUCUCUCUCUCUCUCUCGGGUGGCAGCUGGAUCACCAGCCAGAGCUGGCGAAUGAAGCUGUGUGUUAUGGAUGCCACUUGGACACCAAACAGCAGAACUGGAUUGAAAAUGAUUUUGAAGCCAUGCACGUGCUCUUUAAGCGGGUCAUGUGAGCAAGGGGGGGGGAGCCAUACAUAAAGGCGCCCCUCGUCCCUCCUUCGAGAGACUCUGGGUCCCAGUCUCCACUCCUGCAGAAGAGCAGAUGGGUCAAUGCCAGGAGUGAAAAAUGGAUGCCAGGUAAUGGAGAUCAUGAAGGAGAGCGUGUUGAUAUUAUGACACAAUAGCCGGCAUGCGUUAAAAUGGGCAAUCCAAGUUACACAAAAUCACUUUGGUCAAAUGAAGCAUUCAAAUGGCUAAAAUAUACUUAGUCUAGCAAUCAGAGACCUCAGUCUCUGUUGUGUAUCUUGCAUGUGACAGGACCAAGCAAGGCAUCCAACAUGGGAUUCUGCUGGGACCUGCUACUUCCCCCCUCUGUUUAUUUGUUUGUCAUUCUCUUGCCCAUCCCAGCUUUCCGUUUCUGCAGAAACUCCAGUGUGUCACAUGGGUGGCGCCUUUUUCCAUAGGUACAACUGAGAACAGAGCAUUCCAGGCAAACGUCAGCUUGUUUUGAUGAAUGGCAUUCUGAUGGUCCCAAGGAGACUUCUGUUUUUAAAUUUUGUUUUACUGUGUUCAAUAUCCCAUCUUCUCUCCAAAGAGCUCAGGGCAGUGUAUGUGGUUCUUCCCCUCUUAUCCUACACUAAAUGUGGGAAGGGCUGUGACUCAGUGGGUCAAGUGGGAAUCAUAGAGUUGGAAGGGAUCCCGAGGGUCAUCUGGUCUAUGGCUGGCAUGCAGAAACUCCUAGAUUCAGUUCUAGGUAUCUGUAGGCAAGGCUGAGAAGGACUUAUGCCUGAAACCUGGAGGGUCACUGGUGAGCAAUACUGAACUUGGGGAACCAAUGGGCUAACUUUAUAAAUGGUAUCUUCCUCUGUUUUUCCUGACAACAAUCUUGUGGUGUCAAAUCCGAUGGAGAGAUGGUGACUGGCCCAUUGAACAUCAUGGCUGAGUGAAGAUUUGAACCCAUGUGUUUUUGGCACUAGGCUACAACUCCAACCACCAUACUAUUCUGGCUUUCAGACUGCCACACAGCUAAUUUCUCACCAUGUUCUUCACAACUGGCUCAAGCCCAUCGAUGCCCAUAAAUCGCAGGCUGGCCAGGCACCCGCAAAUUCAUUUGGCUAAUGGGCAUGGUAACAUUUUAUCCCUCCAGGAGGCAGAAGAGGGAAGAGGAAGCUUGAGUCGUGCUCUCGAUUGAAGCGAACUGGCCUCAGGAAGCAAUGCCGCAAAAGCCAGUGGGCUCUGCUGUGGGUUGGCGGGGCCCCAGUCCUCCUUUCAGCACACUCUCUUAUGUACCCUACAGGUGUUUUGCUCUGGCUUGCCUUCCUAAGGUUGCAUGUUUCUGCAACAGGUGCCACAACCACAGAAAAUUGCCCAGAGGCAGCUCAAGAAAAUCCAUUCAUCCAUCAAGCCUUCACUUAAAACACAGACUAGAAGCCGAGAUGUGGGGCCUUAACCCUUGGAUCUGGGAGAGAGAUAUGGGUGGGUUAUUGAAGAAUGGGAAGCAAGAGGGAGUUUGCAAAUCAAAGGAAUUGUUAUAAGUGCCUCCCCACAAACACAUAUACCCCAAACCAAGCAUGCACUGCAGCCUAUUCUAUGCUUCUUUCAGACCUCGUUUCAGUUGGGAGGAGGGAGGCCCUAUGGAUGCCAACAAAUACCUCUGCAGGUGCCACGUUGGUGACCUCUGCCUAGUUAAAAUAGAGUGCACAUAGCACAUUUUGGGCUGUUCCUACAUCUUUAAGAGCGGACCAGGAUUUAUCGAUUGAAAUCCAAACAGAGUAUGAGAGCAGAGACUCUCGGGUUUGUCCCCUGGUUGUGGGAGGUGGAUUGUUGGGAAUCUGGUUAUUUAAAGUGUCAUAGGGAAGGAAGGCAGAAUCCCAAAGUGGGGUGGCUGAGUGGCCAGUGUAAGGGGGCCAUCCCCUGUGCAGUAUUUCAACCUUGUGGGGAUUCGCAGCUGGUCUUUCCAGCAUUUCCCACUUGCCUGGGCCAGCAGGGAAAGUGGUGGUGGGGAGGUCCUGCCAUUUCUGCCCUCAUCACACAAGCCAUCCUUCCCUUCCCUGGAGCAGCAAUUCCCGCUUUCACGGCAGCCCUGGGACUUUGACGGAUGCAAUUAGCUAAUUAAGCCUCCCAAUUCCCUCCCCCCUUUCUUUACUGGCUCUUGGCGCAGCCUGUUGCCACAGCAGCCCUCACAAUUAGGAUGCCUGAGGUGUUUUGACCGCUGGGAUCUGGUCCAAACUCCUUGCUGCCAGGAAGAUCUGGGAGGGAGUGGCUGGCACCCAGAACAUCCCCAGCUCUCUGACUCUGGGCUUUCAGCCAGCAAGUCUCAUCCUUUGCCUUCAUCAGCAGGUCUCGUAGCUAUCUGUUGACUAGGCUCGGGUUAACUGUGGGGCCUGGGGUUGGGGGGGGCAACUCUCCCUUGCUGCUUCAGGUGGAAUUCAUGCCAGGAGUGGCUGCUUGCUUUCCCACCUCCUUCUCAUUGACAGUGAGAUAAGCAGAGCAUAAAAUCAGCCAUUUCAGGAAAAAAGGCCCCUGGCCUACCUUGGACAUUGGUGUGGCUUUUCCUCUUUGUUUUGCAUCAUUAGGAAAGUAGGAAGCUGCCUUAUACUGAGUCAGACCAAUGGUCCAUUUUGCUCUGUGAUGCUGACACAGGCUGGCAGUGACUCUCCAGGCCUGCCUGGAAAUGCUGGGGGUUGAACCUGGAGCUGCAUUGCAGGGGGUUGGACUAGAUGACCCUUGGGGUCCCUUCCAACUUGACAAUUCUAUGAUUCUAUGACCUUCUGAAUGCAAAGCAGACCAGGAUUUGAUGUCCCACUGAGCUUUAUACGUUGCUAUUUUGAAUCAUGUCUGGUGCUUCUGCUUGCCAUCAGGAAGAAUGAGGCGCUAUUCUGAGCAGUGAAGCCCCAGUUUCUAACUUCUGUUGAUUUCACUCAGUCACUCUUCUGGGUACAGAUGCGUUAAUAUAGGCAUGCAUUGCCCCAUUGGCUUGAAAGCGUUUCUUCAUAGCCAGAAGGGUUAAGAAGAACACAUUCAUUGAUGCCUCCCUCCCCUUGCUUAGGUAAAGAAGGGUAUUUUUCCCUUUACUGAUCCAUUAAAAAGGCAGAAAAGUGCAUGGGGAUUUUUUUGUACCUGGAAAUAAAUUAAGCAAGUCGCUUUUUCUUUGUUGGAAAAAGGUUUUUGAUGGGGCACAAUUCACCUGUUUCCCCCCUGCUUUGCUAAAAUGCUUCUGUAUUUUCGUUUUGCAGACCAAACCAGUGGCAUUUGCUGUGAGAACAAACGUGGGCUACAAUCCAUCUCCCAAUGACGAUGUGCCGGUCCAAGGCCUGUCUAUUUCCUUUGAACCCAAAGACUUCCUUCAUAUCAAAGAGGUACAAUGUGUCACACAGGACCCUGGUCUCCUGUCCCCCACCCCAUUACUCUUUAAGUUGUGCAGCAGCUGGGCAAGAAAGGGGCUGUGAGAGGCUCUCUUGAGCAUCUCCCUUCUCUGCAUGGGGUCCAAAUGUGUGAGCGACAGUGAGGGGUGAUCUGUUGGGGCAAGCUGGCGGUCUAUCCACUCACACAUGCACACCCGCAAGCUACAGCCUCAUCUCUUCAUGCCCGCUUUGGGUGUCUCACGCUUUGGAUGCUUUGCCCCCUGCACUCCAGAAAUACAACAAUGACUGGUGGAUCGGACGCCUGGUCAAAGAAGGCUGCGAAGUCGGCUUCAUCCCCAGCCCCGUCAAGCUGGAGAACAUGCGGAUGCUGCAGGAGCAAAAGAUGAGGCAGCAUCGACUCAGCUCCAGGUGGGUUGGGAUGAAGUGGGAUGCAGGAGGAGGAGGGGGGGGCUGCUGAGCCACCCAGAAUCCUCUGUAUAGAAGGUCCCACAUUCAGCCCCUGCCAUCUUCAGGGAAAAGCUGUCUUGUAGCAGGGCUGAAAAACCCUCUUCCUAAAAAGCUCCUUGGCUUCUACCAGGCAUGCUUGGCAAUACCUGCCAGGAUGGACUUUAGGCCACAUUCACACAUACAUUUACAGCACUGGGAAACCACUUUAAACAGUCAUGGAUCUCCCCCCCCCCAAUUAUUCUGGGAGCCGUGGUUUGUGAAGGGUGCUGAGAGUUGUUGGAAGGCCCCUUUAUUCCACUUCCAGAGCUACAGUUUGCACAGAUUUAAUAAUCAGUUCCUCUUCCCAGGGAGCUCUGGGAAUUGUAGAUCUGGGAGAGGAAAAGGAGGCCUCCUAACAACUCUCAGCACCCUUAACAAACUGCAGCUCCCAGGUACUGCCCUUGCAUAGCCAACCUUCCUCCACAAUCAAGAGAGCUAGCAACUUGCUUUCAUGAAAACAAAAGAAUUCCGAGGACUUUAUCUACAUUGACCUUAAGAGGUUUUGUGUUAGAGUGAAUAGAUGUCUGCCAAUUUCAGACCAUCUUUCCUCUGGAGGCCUGUGGCUAUUUUCUGAAACGUCCUCUCCAGAGUAAAACUAAAAUGAAACGGACAUGCAUCCCACUAGUCUAACACACCCUGACCCUGACUGCAAAAUGAGGGUCUUGAAAUCCAUGUGGAAGUCUCUCUAAGUGGAUGCCUGAUCCUUGACCUAGCCUUGUCUGCCCGUUGAAGACAAAUGGGAGGCCAACUCUGCCUUAACCUCCAUGCAGUUUACACCAGUUCAAGCCUAUUUCAUUCUUGUAGUCCCCAUGGCUAAUGCCAAUUCAUUCUGUGUAGUGUCUAAGGGAUGGGACACUUGACAGUUGAGCUAAUCUGAAACGAGCGUAGAUCUGUAGUGCAAGUCCAUUGUGUUAACGGGGCAGAAUGCCAUGGUGAUGGAUGUACAUCCAAGGACUAUGAAGCCUUACUGGGAUACAGAAGUUUACUUUUUUUGCAAGUGAAAAGGUGCUGAGCAUGGACUCAGAGGUUCUUCCCCCUUGCCACAGCUCUUCCCCACCCCAAAACCUCUUCCUGUUUCCCUGCCUCACUUUAAUGGCUCUUCUGUCUUGCAGUAAAUCAGGAGACAACUCCACCUCCAGCCUGGGAGAUGUGGUGACUGGCCCCCGGAGACCCACCCCGCCAGCCACUGGUAAGGCUACUCACGCCCAACAGAGAACGGCAUAACUGCCACCACCAUCCCAGAUGGAUACUUUUCCAUCUUUCUGUGGGACGAGGAGUGUUUGAAGCAUCUGAAGGACAUUGCUCACCUGCACCUGCAACAGAAAGAGGUGGUCGGGUCAGACUCUUCCAGUUCAUCCUGUAGGUGGGGAUGUCCUAUUUGAAUCCUCUCCCACUUUUUUUUAAAAAAAAAUCUCCUUGCUGAUCAAAAACCAAUGCAGCGGGGAGAGGAGGUUCCAGUCCAGCGUGCUCCCUGCUGUGCUAGUUCCUCCCCCCCCACACACACACUAUUGCAAGGAAAUAUUUUUUAACUUGGGAGGAUUUUCAAAAACAAAACACAGGAUCCCCACAUCUACAGUCUGAAGCGGUACAAUCCACACCAUCACUUCAGGGCUCUACCACUUUAAUCCGUGUACAGACAAGCCCUAAAUUCUGUCCUAAUAGCCACAUGGCAGGCUUCUCAUUGCCUAAUUGCUGCCUCCCUCUCCCCCAUAUGCUCAUAUACUGUGAAAAUUUGGAGUUUUCCAUUCCAUUCCAUUUAUUUAUUUAUGUUCCUCUUCUGGAUACACGAAUCAGUUUAUUUCUUUUGUUUCUGGUUGUUCCUCCUCAUUUGUUUUUCUCGCCCUAUUCCAUUAGUGCUUUUCAUUCUUUGGUUGUUGUUGUUGCAUUUUCCCCCUGUUUUUUUUUCCUUCCCCCUUUCCUCCCCUACCUUUUAUCUCCUUCCUCCCUCACCCUCCAUCCUCCUCCCAGGUACCUUGGACAUGACUAACUUAGCUUAUGACCCAGACGCCCUUGACUUAGAGGAGGAGGAGGAGGCCACCGAGGAGAACCAACGAACCCCCAAGACUAGUGUUAGCAGCGUCACCACGCCCCCCUCCACCACCAAGCGCCGCCCCUUCUUUAAGAAGGUAAUGGUGCCCCCUCUUGCCUCGCACCUGCUUGCUGUGCCAUCCUAAGUAUGCCUGCCUGUGUGUGUAGGCUUGUUUCUGCCCAGAGAUCAAGCGCUUUCGUGCAAAUGAUGGGGGUGAUAGGAGUGGCAUGUUCUGGAAGUGGGUUUGUGGUCCUGAUCGCCCAUUGGCGGAGAGCAUAAGCUGGGGGGGAUGCACAUUCCGAGCCGAUUUGCAGCAUAUUACGAGGAAAAGACCAACAUGUACUACGGUUAUAAAGUGUAUACGCGAUUGUGUUUGUCACCUGCCUGAGCAUACAAAAGGCGUGUUUCAGAAGGGUAUGUUCCAGUGAUCACACAUUCUCCAUCCUUGUAUGAGUUAAAAGAUGCAUUGGCAACCAACUCAUACCCUCACUUGGGCUUUGGUGGAAGAUGUGUCCAAUAUAAUGUGCUUCCUUUCCCCUCUCCCUCUGGCCUUAUGCAUCCUGAGAAAUCUAGUAAUUGAACAGUGAUCCCUCCGUCCCCUGGGAAGGAUAAUAAUGUAAUGCUCUAGUAAUCCUCUUCAUCCAGGAAUGAGUGGGCAAGAUUCCUGCAUUGCAUUCAGUUGGACCUUCCAACUCUACAAUUCUAUGAUUCUCCCAUUUCUUUUCCCCAGUGUAAACCCUUGAAAGUCACAGGUCCCAAUCCCCCCCCCAUGGGAAACAUGCAAGUGGUAUGUUCCAUGUGUCCCUCCCAUAUGUGGAUACUAGGAAUGCUCCACUUCUAUAAUCCAUUCCCCUCACCUGUGGGAAUUAUAGCAAUGGAAUGUUCCAGCAUGGAAGCGAAGUGAGUGAAAUAGUCAAGCCAUUUCCCUUCGCUUGGACGUAGGACUGCAGCGCCCCAUAAGAAAGCAUGAAUAUGGGAUGUUCCAGUGGCUUUCACAUAAGAGGGGCAUUACUACUGGUGACCCACCCUUGCCCUGUAAAUUCCAUCCAGGUAUGGCAUUUGCCUCCACAGGCCCUUCUUUUCCUCCUUGCGGAUCAAAUAGUGGGAGGAAGUUGUCCGGAGGAAGGCUGGUUGCUAAGCAACCUCAGGCUUCAAGAUGGGAAUCCCCAGAGGGCCGAACUGUAUUUUACAGUAGGAGCCCAAGGGUGCUUUGCAGCAGAGAAGGGAGUGCUUUCCCUGCCAGCCACCUUACACCUGAAACUUCCCUCCGCAGAGUUGCAUGGAUCUGAAAUACAGGUGGAUGGGAAGAAGUUUGUCUGGGUGGAGGGGAGCUUUGAGUGUAGAGUGGCUGGCUGCAAAAGUACCAGGGCCUAUCUCCAGCACCACUUCUUCCCUGAAAAGUGCCUCCUUCCUGACAACUCCCUGCGAUGCCAAAAGGAGCCACCAGGCCAAUCAUGUUGCCCGUGGUGGCUCUGGCCAAUGUGUCAUUUGGGUUUUGAGAGGUUCAUGGGCAUGCCACCAUGAGCCACGUCUGUCCACCAGGGUGGGCCAGGACAGCAUGGAGGAAAAGGACGCAAUUCUAAAUCAAGGCAAGGUUGUUCCCUGCCCAAACUCUGAAAAGCCGCCACCUUUCUGCUUUUCUCAGCACUAGUUUUCUCUCUCUCUCUUGUGCCUUGCCUGUGCUUCCGCUGGAGUGAGCUGUCAGUAACACGCAUGCCUUGUUUGUUUUCUCUUGCCUGUCUCUCCUUUCCCCUCCCCUGUGUCCCCACCCCGCCCAUUAAUGGCGAUCACUGGACAUAGCCAAGCAGAAGCAGAAAUCGGUAAGUAAGCUUACGAAAUAAUCAGACGAGAUGACAGCGGUGGCGGCUCCCUGUGGGCCCUGCCUAAUCCCAGUGGGCUUUCCCCCUGCGAAGUUGGCAACUGUGAGGAAGCUGACCAUGAAACUCCAAAGUUUGUGUGUGAGAUUUGCUCCCCCCCCGCCCCCGCCAGAUACAGGCCCCUGUUUCUUUAAGGUAAGCUCAAAAGCAAACCUUGGUUGCAGCUGCAUGAAGGUCUUCUUCUGUUAGGUCCAUCUUGAAUGUCCAGGCUAGUGUUGGUGUCAGAUCUGGAAGGCUGAGAUCCCUCAGCAACCCUUCUUCCUGCCACCCACAACUCAGCUUUCCUCCCCCAUGCCCACAAAAUGAAGGUGCUGUCUCCCCUUUAGAAGAAUCGCUGAAAUUGCCAGGCUUCCAAAAAACAGUGGUGCCUGCAGCGCUGAUGUAGCCUGGAUCUGGAGCAAGUCUAAUGUCUUCUUCUCUCUCCUUUCUUCUCAGGCGGAGCACGUGCCACCUUAUGAUGUGGUUCCUUCCAUGCGGCCCAUCAUUCUUGUAGGCCCAUCCUUGAAAGGGUAUGAGGUGAGGCAUUUAGAGAGUUCAUGGGGGGAGAGUUAGGGCAUGCAUAGAAAGUAGGGCUGAGGGGCCAUGUGCUUUCCAAGAGAAUUGGGCAAGGGGAGCCAGGAGGGCUGCCAUAGAUUGGCAAGUGUCCUCAUCUCCCAGUCCAUCAUUCAAGCCCUGUCCAGGAUAUCUGCCUGGCAACAGGACUGACAUGUCCUGAGUUGCUGUGGCUCCUCCCAAUUCUGUUCCUUUGAGCUUACCUCCUACAGGUCAUCCCUCCUAUCUCGGCCACCAGUGCCCUCUCAUUGAUUGGCUCCUCACUCUGUUCUUAGUAAUCCUCUGGGUCUCUCUGCCAAUGGGUGGGCAUCCAGCUGUGACUUUAACACCUACGAGUCUGAAGUGGUGGAAAUAGGUAGGGAAGCUUGGGGGUGGGUCUCCAUUUUGAUGAGCCUUUACCAAGAACUAGCACAAGCAAGAUGCACCCUGAUUUCUUCCCCACCCACGUUUAUGCAUGUGACUCUUUCGAUUUCUGACUUUUCUUCUUCUCCUCCUCUUCUCUGUCUUUCUGCCCAAUCCCAACCCCCUUUACCUUCCCAGGUGACGGACAUGAUGCAGAAAGCUUUGUUUGAUUUUCUGAAACGCCGAUUCGAUGGCAGGUGUGAGCAGAAGCCUUGGGGACGGGUGGGGAUCUAAUAUCUUCCAUUUGUUCUGUGAUCCUUGUAUCAAGACCCUGGUGCUGGAGUUACCAUAGGGGAAACCUGAAUGAAGACCACAGGAAAUGGAAGGGGGGGCAGAUUUUCUGCCUCCCACAAUAAGUUUUAUGCUGUCCCCAUUAGCAUUGGUCCAUUUCCAAAUGCUUCUUCCCCAUUUCCUGGACAUGAAGACCAGAAACUUUUGCUAAGGUGCUCCAGUUUUUGUGAAUACACAGCUAGAUCCAAUUGCCUUAAAAACAAAAACAAAAAAGCUGUUUUCCUAGUUCAUGAAGUUGUAGGGCACUUCCAGACUGUUGCUAUUCAGUCACAUACCCUCAAAUUCAGGCUGAGCAAUUAUAGUUGUUUGGGAGGUCUCAUGCAACAACCCCACCUUCCCAAAAGAUCAGAUAUGCUGCGAUAAGGAAAGUGAGGGGGAAUGCACUGCACAGUGUGGGAUGACACUUGCUUUGAUGCAGCGUCAUCUAACCUCCCCACAAGCAAAUUGGAAUAAAUGCUUGAUAGACAGGAAGCACCCUUAAAAACCUGAGGUUUUGGGGGGGUUGUUAAGUGGACACUAAAAGGACUUUCACUAGUACUGUAGGUAGUUAAGACUCCCUGUGUUGUAGCACAGCGACAAGGAUGAAAGAGUCCUGGUAAUCAGGGAUGCCUGUGGGGAAUGACCUUUGCCCCCUUGAGCCUCUACUCCUGUCCUUCACAGAAUAUCUAUCACACGUGUGACAGCUGAUAUCUCCUUGGCCAAGCGCUCGGUCCUCAACAACCCCAGCAAACACACCAUCAUCGAACGCUCCAGCACCCGCUCUAGCCUGGGUAAGGCUGCGCUGAGACCUUGGGAGAACAGCUUGGCUCUUUGCCAUCUCUUGGCAACAUUUUCUCCCAAGGCCUUUCCCGCGUGGGAAGAGGGAGGCAAAAAGGGUGACUUUGCCUUUGUGAUUGCAUGGCACCUAACACCUUGCACGGCACCCGUUUUCAAAAGCUUUUCUUAGCCUGCCUUUCCUCUGAUCUGUAUCAGCCAGGAGCAGCUUUUCCUGGAUUCCUCUGGGUUUCCCAUAAUGCUUUGCGGCAAUGCCCCUUCUCUCCCUGUCCCUGGCAGAACUCCUCUUACCCAAUCAUGAACUUAUUUAUAUAUGUACGUAUUUGUAAGCCACGCUGUGUUAUAAAAUACCACGCAGUGCUGUGCACGUCAACCACAUCAGUAAGAGAUGGUUGGCAGGGAACGUCAGGUUUGAAAAGCCCGUCUGAAUAACACUGUUUUUAGAAGAUACUGCUUCCGCCAAACCUCUUAUUUCCAAGGAGUUCCACAGGGAGCGCCUGUCAUACUUAAAUACUUGCCUCUUAGUAAAGACCAGCCAGCAGUGGCCUCUUCGUAAAGACCAGCCAGCAGUGGCAUAGCGUGGCGAGGGCGGCUAAAUUUCUGAGGGGGCACAACCAGGUGCCCCAACAGGCUACCUCACUGAGGCUGGAACCACACCCAGGCCAGGCCUUCAAGACUGGGGCAGCACCUCCUUCUCCUCAUGGCCAGGUGAAGGGAUACCUGGACGUGCCCUGCUCCUGGACUGGCUGAGAGGGUGGGAGGGCACCAGUGCCGCCCACUGAGGAGGAAGGAAGAGGAACGUGGGAAAGCACUGCUGGAGACUCCCUUGGUUAGACACUGGCCAGAGAAAGGACUGACAGCUUCCCAGUCCACCAGGGCGGCCCAACGCUUGCCUCACCCUGGGUGCUGGCAACCCAUGCUAUGCCCCUGACAGCCAGAUCUCAGGGGCAGGUGGAACCAACAAAACUGCCCCAUUAGAAGGAAGACCUCCGCGAUCUUCUUGAGCUGAGCACCAUGGCUGUUUCCGUAUCAUGAAAUAUCUGUAUCCUGGGUUGGAGAGGGACACACUUGGGUGUGCUUGUGAGAGUCUCUCCCCCACCCCACUCCCGCAUCAUAAUGCAUAGUGUGGAAACUGUUCCCAAAAGUCCAGGUUUCGGUGUCAGAAGUGUUGUCCGCGUUCAAGUUCAUCAUGGGAUAUGUUGCCAUCUUGUCUAAACCUACCUCCGUGCAUGGGGCAAGGGGAGGGGAAACAGGAUGCUCCUUAAUUAAUACCUUAGCUGCCUUCUCUGUUUUCAGUCCCCCCCAUGCUAUGGCAUCAGACUUUGGGGGUUCUUUUUUCUUUUUUCUUUUUUACUGCUCCCCAACAAAUCCAACUCACUCUUCUCUUUUUUUUUCCCCCUCCUCCCCCGCUUCCCACAAUUUUCUUUCCCCUGUGUCUGUGCCUCCUCUUCCUUUCUCUGCUCCUGAUACAGAUGUCUUGGGUACGUAACCUUUAGCCCCCGCAAGCUCUCGGUUGCCCCCCCCCCAAUGCAAAUUUAACUAGCUUUAACUUCCCCCUCCGCAGAAUGGGAAAGAUGUUUUGUUGAAAUGGAAAAAAAGAUCAAAAACAGCUUUUCCUUCUGGGAGAGGAGGGGGAGGGGGAAUUUCAAAAACAGAACAAAAGCGCACCUACGCUUUGGCUUCGCCCAAAAGCGAUAAGUUUUUUUUGUUUGUUUUGAAAUUCGCCCUCGUGUUUGGGAAGUGAAAAAAUGGUGAGUCACCACCGUCUUAGCGUUCUCACCAUCUUUUCAAUUGCUAGACUCUUUACCAGAGUAUUUUUUAAACCUGAACUUAAAAUGUGGAGUUGCUGUGGGGGGUGGGCGGUGGGCGGGUGAAUCGGAAUAUUAGAAAUGAAAAUAAGUAAAUAACGUUUCUUGCUGGGGGAAAUUGCUCAGGGACUGAAAAAGGAGAGGGGACUGUUUUUUGUUCUGCUACAGCCUAGUUAAGAAAUUUGGCAAAGCACUCUCAGAGCCCAUUGAUGUUAACGAGAACAGAACUACAGGACAGCCCUAUACAUGUCUACUUGGAAGGCAAGACCUACUGAGUUCGGUGGGACUUACUCCCAGGUAUGCAAGUAUAGGAUGGCAGCCUAAAUCACAUAUCGGCUCCUCAUUGGAACCCAUGAGAUAUUCAAAAUUCUGGGCUUUGGCUGGAUCAUGCCCCACUUUUAACGUGAAAGUAACUAAGCUUUGCAAUUUAUUGCAUGGUUUCUUACUGGAGAAAAAGUGAGGGGCACUCAGCACAGUCCACUGAAAGGAACUUAUUGUUUAUCUUUCCUCAAGAUAGUUCUCUCCCUUUUGAUCCUCAUAACUGUCCUGUGAGGUCGGCAGGACUGAAAGAGAAAGGGACUGGCCCAAGGGAUUUGAAUCUGGGUCUCUCCAGUCUGACACUCUGACCACUACGCCACACUGGAUCUCAUGCUGGGACCUGCAGGGCCACAUCCCCAAGAACACAAGAUGCUCCUGGGCAGCCAGAAGAAGCCCAUAUCCAGCGUCCCACAUGCAGAGCAGCUAGUGGACAGCCCAAAGUAGCACCCAAAGUAGUACCUGCAGGCAAUCUUUUUGGGGGGGGCAGAGCAAGGAGAUCUUUGUCUGCCAGCCAGCCACUUUACGCAUGCCUGAAGUAGAAAAUCAAAAUGGCAUCUGCACAACACACACACAUACUUUCACUUAAGGAACAACCCAUGGGGAUGUUUUCCUACACAAUCCCCAUUGAAAUGAAUAGGUGCUGUGCAGUUCUUCUUCAUUUCAUUGGCUCUUGCACAGGGGAACGGAAUGCGUUCUCCAGGCCAGAAAUUUGCCUCCCUUUUAACCGUGCACAAAAUCUUGCGGCCUCCACCUCCCCUUGCUUUGCCAUAGUGCUGCCAAGAAUCAAAUGCAGAUCUGUGGACGGGGCUGACUGUUGACUAUUCAGGAGCCCCAGGAAUGGUUUUCUGUCCGCGGGGACAGAAGAGUUGACCUGCACAUUUUUUUUCACAAGUGCAACAUUUUGCAACCUGUAGCGUCUUAACCUGCAAGUGAGAAUAAUGAAUAAUGGCAAAAUCUGCGCAGGCUGCAGAAGUAGAGCCUUUAAUGCUAAACAGAUCUGGAACAGCAAAAGGGAGGUAUGAAUGAUACUGCAGUUUCUUUGCAUAGCGAUGUUGACCAUGUCUUCCUUUUCCCUGCCACUUGGCUUGCCCUCUGCCUCCAUAGCUGAAGUGCAGAGUGAGAUUGAGCGCAUCUUUGAGCUGGCCCGCACCCUGCAGCUGGUAGCCCUGGAUGCAGAUACCAUCAAUCACCCGGCUCAACUGUCCAAGACUUCAUUAGCGCCAAUUAUCGUCUAUAUCAAGAUAUCCUCCCCCAAGGUGAGCAGCCUUUGUCUUUUCUUCCUCCCGAUCACACUAACGGCGCUGGGAUUAGGGAAGAGGUUGGCAGAGGAUCUUAGACUAUUUUGGUGUCAGAUCUCAUUCAGAACUCAAUAGGAGUGAGGGUAAGAACAGCAGAUUAGAACGUACCAUGUCCGAAGGCAGGGCCGGCUCAAGGCGUUUUGCUGCCUGAGGCGAAGGACAAGAUGGCACCUCCCCCAAGUCAUGCACAGAAGCCAAUUGGACUGGCAGUUUUAUGUUACUCCAAUACUGGUGAAAGUAUACUUCCUCAGCAGUUGAGGGCAGCAGAAUAAUGUAGGGGGCAUAAGGCAGAUCACAUGGCACUCAUAUCUCUGGCCACACACCCCUCCUCAGCAUCUGCGCCUGAGGCUGCUGCUUCACUCUGCCUCCUUGUAGGGCCGACCCUGUCCAAAGGCUUGUAUGUGUAGCUACAGGAAUGCCAACCUAAACAGAUCCAUCGUUCAUUUACCUUGUGGGCUAAAAAUGUGAGUUUGCACUGAGCAUACAUUUAUGAGUGCAAAAUCCAUAGUUUGGGAGGGGGCUCCCUGCCACACUUCAGAUGUGCUUCAAAUGCAUAUUUGAGUGUGUGGUAUAAAAUACCAGACUCUGGGGUUUGGGGGGUGGGGCUCUUUUUCUUUUUAAGAAAAAGGCAGACACUGCUAAAAAGCAGACAAGUGCCAAACAUACAUGAAUAUCAUGUAUUAGGUAAAGGGAACCCCUGACCAUUAGGUCCAGUCGCAAACAACUCUGGGGUUGCGGCUCUCAUCUUGCUUUACUAGCCGGUGUACAGCUUCCGGGUCAUGUGGCCAGCAUGACUAAGCCACUUCUGGUGAACCAGAGCAGCGCACGGAAAUGCCGUUUACCUUCCCGCUGGAGCGGUACCAAUUUAUCUACUUGCACUGCAUGCUUUUGAACUGCUAGGUUGGCAGGAGCAGGGACUGAGCAACGGGAGCUCACCCCAUCGCGGGGAUUUGAACCGCCAACCUUCUGAUCGGCAAGCCCUAGGCUCAGGGGUUUAGACCACAGCGCCACCUGCGUCCCAGAUCAUGUAUUAAUGUAAUGUAAUUAACAUCACUUGCAAGUUACUUCUUACAAAACCUGGCAAGUGUCAAAUGACCACCGUAGGUUUCUCAGGAAUCUGCCUUAUACCAGUGACCAGCCCUUUGGUUAAUCUAGUUCAGGGUUGUCCACAAUAACUGGGAGCAGCUCUCCAGGAUUUCAGACAGGCUCCUGUCCCCACUCUACCUGGAGAUGCCAGGGACCUUUGCCUGCAAAUUGUGUGCUCAGACACUGAGCUGUGGCCCUUCCCCUCUGCACAAAUCCUGGAAUUGUUAAUUGCUCUAUGAGGAAAAAUAUGUAAAUCAACCAUCAAAAGAUCCAGAUUUCAUGAGAGUUGAAGAACAUUUGUAUGCUUCCUUCCUGCCUGUCAUUUAGUUACGUAUGUCCUGUUCUUGCAAUCGCAUUUUCAAAGUUUUUUUUUGCCGCUAUGAGAGAUAGAACUUUUAAGGCUGUGUGAGUUACCCAUCUUGGACUCCCUCCUUCCAGCCUGAUUAUUAGGCAGAGUGAGGCAGCUGCCUCAGGCUGCUAAGUGUCAUGAAAUGGUAAUGAAUUGUCAUUCAUCGUUGCUGCGUUUUUUACUGCCAGGGGAAGGGGUGGUUCUGUUUCAGGUGCCAAGCAACUUGGCUAACAUUGAGGCGCGAUGCAUUUGGAUUUGGGGGUGGGAGGGAGGGAGGGUUUUGCCUACUUCUUGGGUUGAUUUGAUCCUGUGGGUGACAAGUCUCACUGUGUUCAUGAAGGCUUCCUCCCCAGUAAGGAUUGUACACCCUAAAAUGUUUCCUGAGGCUUAAUCCUUGUUAGGCUAGCUGCAGUGAUGUGGCGGACUAGGGACAGGAGCACCCUUGGGGCAGGGCCCUUCUCCUUUCCAGUCCUGUUCCCGGCCCCCUUGGGCACCCUAACAUCUCUUCUCUCCCUCUCCCCCAAUGUCUUUACCCAACAGGUGCUGCAGAGACUGGUGAAAUCGAGAGGGAAAUCCCAAGCCAAGCACCUGAAUGUGCAGAUGGUGGCAUCGGACAAAUUGGCGCAGUGCCCCCCUGUGAGUUCUGUGGUACAUCUCCCUCAUGCUCUUUUCCAGCCCACUUCAAGCUGGUGCCCUCCUGACUACACCUCCCAUCAGCCCCUGCUGGUGCAAACCCCUGCUCAUUUGACACACACACAUACACACACCAAUACAAGCGCUUGCGCUGCCUUCCGAAAGCCGGGUAAAGGAGGUGCUGAGCUUUGGGAAGAAGGCAUGAGGGCUCUGACUAGGUCUUAGAGUCCUCCCUCCUCCUUCCCAAAGCCUAGUUAGUGCUUUCCUGGCUUUGGUAAGGGGGUGGGAGGGUGCCAGGACCCUGCCCAUAGCCUUGCAUCUCCUUCCCUAAGCCUGGUGCCUCUCCCAGCUAAGUUUGGGAAGGCAGUGCAAGGGCUGUGUGUGUGUGUGUGUGUGUGUGUGUCAAAUUUUGGCCUCGUUCCCCUCUCCCACAUGACAAGGCACUGUGCUGCCUGCGGGUUCCAUGUCAAAGUACUCUUGCGGCCCACCUGGUAUGAAAAGUUGGCCUGCCCUGAUCUAGCUCCAUAUUGUCUACACUGAUGGCAGUGGCUGUCCAGGGUUUCAGACAGGGAGUCCUAUCUGGAGAUGCCGGGAACUGAACCUGGGGUCGUCUGCAUGAAAGGCAGGUGCUCUACCAAUAACCCUUGGCCCUUUCCCAAAAUUGUAGUCCAGCAACAUCUGGAGGGCCACAGGUUCCCCACCCCUGAUUUAAGCAGAUGCCACACAGUCAUUAUGUCAGCCCACUAGCGACUCCAUUGCAACCCUAUCCAACCCAUGCCUCCACUCCUGGUCCCCUGCCCCUAUCAUUCUGCACUUGCUCACAGGGCUAAAUCCUUCCCAUUCCCCCACCUGUCUCUGCAGGAGAUGUUUGACAUUAUCUUGGACGAGAACCAGUUGGAAGAUGCCUGCGAACACCUGUCCGAGUACCUCGAAGCCUAUUGGAAGGCCACGCACCCUCCCAGCAGCAACCCGCCCAAUCCGCUGCUGACCCGCACCAUGGCGACGGCUGCCUUGGCUGCCAGCCCCGCCCCGGUCUCCAACCUCCAGGUACAAGUGCUGACCUCGCUCAAGCGCAACCUGGGGUUCUGGGGCGCGAGGGGCAGCCUGGACCAGGGGCUGAGCGGAGCUGUCCGGGUGGAGGAGCACGAGCUGUAGCUUUCGGGGAAGCCCGAGAUAGUUGUUCGGAAAUGAAGAAACGAGCACAGGGAAGCCUUGCUAAUGAGGGCUCCCCCUUACCUACAAAGGACUUGUCAGUGCUGCUGUUCAGUCAAAGCGAUCUCUCUCUUUCGCCUCCCUGCCCCUUCUCCGAAGCUGUCUUGCUAAAGUACACACACAAACACCCCUUUCCCUUGCAAUCUGACUUUGAUUAAAGGAUGACCUCGGCGAGUCACCAGCACAUCUCUCCCGCCCUACACCCCGCCGUCUCUUAUCUUUCGAACAAUGCUUCCUGGGGACAUCAGAGAAGCGUCUCAGCUAGGAAAAGUGGGUUUGUCAUUUAGGGCAGGUUCUGUGGGCUGCUCUGAACCAGAUCUAAAAUGGCAUCACAAAGGAAGGAUUUUCCUCCACCUGCUCAUGGGAAAGAAGUCAGUUGGCUUUCCAGUGUGCUGUGUGAAUGCAGAGCCUGGUUUUCAGCAGGGGCAGGUCCAUUAUGCUGCCAAGUUGCCCUCAAAGACCUGUUAUAGCCUUGCAGGUAGUGCCUCCCCACCCCCACCCCGCCAUCUGCCACACAUUCUUUGUUCCGUUCUCGUAACACACAGGGUGAAUUUGGGCAACUGCUUCCCAAUCCACUUUUCUAACAAGCAGUGAUUUCCGGUCACCAAGUGGCAGGAACCCACUGGACUAAAGGGGUCUGUAAGGUCACGGGGUUUGUACGGGGCCCCACUUUGGAUAAUCUGGCAGGAGCACCAAGUCUAUGACCUUAUGGAUCCCUUCACAAUAACCAUGGUCUGCUGAGUUUCUGCCACCUAGUGACAGAAAGUCAAAUUUCUUGGGAGGCUGGGGAGCAGUUGUGGCUGCAGUAAAUUGCAUCGGUGGUUAUACCUCAUCAGGAUAACCUUGUCCGCUUGACUCCCAUGGCCUCAGUGCAAAGCAUUUACCGGCAGGCAAAACCAUAUUGUCAGAAUCUCACUGCCAGAGGUGGGUGACUUUUUACAUUGACAGUGCCCCGCAUUGUUGCCUAAACCUUGGCCAAGUCACGGAACGAUUGCCAAGCAUAGCAAGCUGAACGGAGCUCCAUCAAACUCAUCUCUCUUGUGAGCUAAAAAGAAGAAGACUGCAUUGAGCAGAAAUAGAUUUAUUACUGCAGAAUCCACUUUUUUGCUUGGGUGGCGUGAUGCCUGCCCAUCGUUCAAAUGUGAAUUUGGACAUGCUUCAAAUGCAUGUUUGGGUGUAUGAUGGGAAACCCCAUGCUGUUUCUGUUGUGUCACCUUUUUAAAAAGAAAAGGGCAAACUCUGAAGUGGUUAAACAGAAGUGACCACCAUUCCCCCAAAGGUGUUUAGCUGUCAAUAAGUACCACUUUCACAUCUGGCUCCCAGUGCUGUUUUAUUGCAUGGCAUGGUAAGUGACUGCUGUUGCUGCUGCUGCUUUUACAUAUAAAUAACAGCAGGUGGUCCAGCUGAUCAGCACAGGUGGUUCUGUAUGUGUUCUGUGUGAUGCUAACUCUCUAUCUUCUUAUGUCUUAACUAACUGAUGAGUUCUCAAACAGGGUGAUGAUGAGCCUCUCUCUAACAUGGUGCAAAGCAGUUAACCAUGGGAAGCCUCAAUUUCUCUAUAACCUUGGAGGAGGUGAAGGGGUAGCUUGAGAUGCAAGUUGCCACCUCUUGAAACCAUAUUUUGCUGCAGGGAUGGGGAACCUGAUGUUGUUGGACUCCAAAUCCCAUCAGCCCCAGCCAGCACAGCCAGUGGCCAGGGAUGAUGGGGGUUGUAGUCCAGCAACAUCUGGAGAGCCCCAGGCUCCCCAUCCCUGCUCUAUUCUAUACAUUGUGCUCUGCACCACACAUAGAAUGCCAUGUCCAAAGAGCAAUUUCAGACAAAAGUGGCAGAUCACCAUUCUGAGGAUCUCUGCCUAGAACUGUCCCAAACUCCCCGUCCCCCCACCAUCUCCCUCUUCUGCAAGUGUUUUCUGGCUUCUGCUAGUAGGGAUGGAGAAGACAUUCAGUUCAAUUCGCAUUUGAAGCCAAAACCUUAAGAAAUUUGCACUUUCCGAAACAAUUCUAGAACCGAAACGCAGCCAGCCUUCAAGAUUCACACUUGCACGAAUUUGGCAAUGCAGUCCUGCACUUGAACAAAGAUUGCAAAUAUGUGUGCAUUAGGGGGACACGUGCACAAUAUAUUAGUGAAAAUAACACAGUAAAAUGCAAUCUGUUAGGAGAAAUUGCUUACAACAAUGUAUCCGUUAAUCUAAACUCAGUACAAAAAAAGGUUUAUUAGGAGAAAUUUGCACCAACCUGUUGGAGAAGUUUUAUAAGGAUUUGAAAAAACAACAACCUUCAAAUGGCUGUAGAAAUGUAGAGAUCUGAAUUUGAGAUGGGGGAAAGUGAGGAGCUGAAACCAAUGGACCUUUCCAUCCCCAUCUCCGAGGGGGUCUAAAAUCCAUCCUUUUUUGUUUUUGUUUUUGACUUGCUUAACUCCAAAGUCCAGAAAAAUUGCCUGUCUUUGCAGGGGAAAUUUCCCCUUAGAUUUCAUGAGGUUUGCCAGGCCGGAGUUUGAGAGCCCCUUGUGCUAACCUGUUUUGGAGCGCUGCAGCUGUUGCUGCUGCUGUGUGGUGGCCGCACUAACUCUUGUCUCCUUUCUCCCUUUCUCAUGCAUGGUGUGUGGUGAAUGCCUCUUUCCACCAGGGACCCUACUUAGUGCAUGGGGAGGAGCCGCUCGACCCAGAGCACACCAGCCUCCACGACUAUGCAGGGCAGCUGGCUGGGCAUGGCCAGAUCCGCGCCGCGCCGCCCCCCUCCCACUUUGCCGCCCGGGGCCUUUCCCGCCAGGACACCUUUGAUUCGGAGACGCAGGGCAGCCGCGACUCUGCGUACACUGACCCGGCGGAUUCCUGCAUGGACAUUGAGACCGACCCCUACGAGGAGCCGGAGCCUCGUCGCGCCCACUGCCUGGGCCACCGCCGCCUCCAGGGGUCCUGGGAACCCGAGGAGCCAGAGCAGCAGCGGGGCCACCUCCGGGGGCACCGCCACCCCCAGCGUCAGGGCUCCUGGGAGGCCGAGGAGCCCGACCGGCAAAACCACAACCGGUCUCUUCGCGGGCACAGCAAGGGGCGGGAGCGCUAUUGCCAGAGCGAGGAGGAGGAGGGCUUGCGCCGCAACCACAACGACGUAGAGGACUGGGCGCGAGAUGCCUAUAUCCGCUAAGGCCCUGAGGGGCAGGGCUUUUAUCCGCUGAGGGAGAGGCCUCUUCCCACGCAGAGCCUUGGGGACAGGAGCUGUCUUCAGUUGCCUGGCACCCAGGGGUAGGUCCAGCCUCUCCGGAAGAUUGUCCUUCACCCACCAAGCGGUUUGUGGGCAGGCAUAUAGCGUUUGCGCCUCAGAAGCAGCGCCAUCGCUGGCCGGGUCUGUGCGUGAACUCCCUUUCCUCGCUACCCUUCUCUGGGGACACCCUCCACCCCCCACCCGCCCCUCUGCCUUGCCAUUUGUGCCAACAACCUCUUGGACCACCCUCGUCCUGCCAGCCAGCCAGCCAGCACUGCCUGGCCUUUUCCCUCAAGGUCACAAAUAAUCACAUAUACCUUAAAUAACGAAAGCUCCCCUCUCUCCUCAGAGGCCCCCUCGUGGACCUGGAGAGGGAGAGGGCCAGUCUCCACUGGUGCCUGGAAUCACCCCAACACUUGGGUGGCAGCUGAGGUAGACCAGCUGACCGUGUGCUUGCUGGCUGCCCCUCCUGAGAUCCUGCGUGCCUCGCCCCAUGCAAGGCCAAACUGCUCCCAAAUGAAGAAUCCGGCCCUCUCCCCUCUAUAGGUUUACACCAUUAUAGACCUCUUUCUUUGCCUGUCUCGUGGUGCUUUCCCGGCCCAACCGCUGGGGUGCGGGUGGGUGGGGUGGAGGAGAGGCAAGGGGAAGAGUAAAAACCAUUUCCUAGUUUUCUGUCAUAGGAUCAGCUUCUCUGCCAGAUCCUCUCCAGUGCCUACGAAAGAGAAAUCCAACCCCGGCCACCUUAAGCUCUCCAGUCCAACCCAUCCUCCAGUGCCUCAGCUCACUACCCUCUUGGAUGUAUGUCACCUGUUGGGCAGAUCCUGGGCAUGCAGGGUGUGUGCAUGUGUGUGUGUUGUUGUGUGCCGCGCUUGGCAGGGAGAAAGGCUCCGGACUGUCCGUGUUCAUAACCAGCUGUGGUUUUGCUCUUAACGCUGAGUUUGGAGACCUCUUUCCAGCACGUGUGAUAGCUUGGUUGGCCUGGGGUGUUUCGCAGGUGAAAAGUAGAAAGGUAUUGCCACCAUUCUGAAACCAGAGAGGUGAAGUGAUCCUUCCUGACUAAAAAUGGCCGCCUGCUUACAUUUGCUGAAGGUGUGCUGCCUUCUCUCACAGCAGAAAACUGAAUCCAUCCCACUGUUGUCUCUUCCUUUCGGAGGGUUGUCGUUGGGUUAGAAUUUCCCUUUCCAUCAAGACUCGGGGAAACCAGCCUGUCUCUGUCUUGCAAAAUCAGACUCCUCGGGAGUUUAGCCAGUGUGUGUCGAGGGGAGCCAGUAGCAAUUGCUGCUGUUCGUGGUUCUUGUAUUAUCUGCAGUUCAAGCACAUGGCUCCCACUGGAAAGAAAUGAACGGUGGGAUGGAUGGAGUGGGCCGCACAGCCGUUAAGUGCAGUUCUUUACCUGCCACCACUGACCCCUCCUGUGCCUGCUUUGGAGCUCGGGACCAAGUGGAUCUGCGGAGGCUGUGGGUGGCCUUCAGCCUAGAGAUUUUGUCCCUCCUUCUAUAAACCCCAGAGGGAAAAUAAUAGCUGUGGUUGCUUCUCCAAAUGUCAGCAGUACCCAGUAGGUUCCAGCUUACCCAGGCUCAGCUUUUGGGCUCUGCUCUUGUGCCAAAAUCUGCCCUUAGGUGCAAAGACCACACUUUUGAAGGCUGACCCUUCACCCUUGCUCAGAAUGUAACUGACACCCUUGACAUCUGAAUGCAACACACUUCUGGAGUUUGCCUUUUUUCCAGACAUCUGACAACUAUGUUCCACCUUCUCUUGAGGCUGCUAAGAUAGGGUUUCGGGUAACUGGGGUGCUUUUUAUUUUUGUUUCUUUAGCGAUGUACAUUUUAUUCGUGGCAUAAUUCCCACAAGGCUCCCUGACCCAACUGAAGCCCAUCCUCUGUUUCCAUCAUCCGCUUCUUCCCCUGUGUGGUUUGUAGCUCACACACUGGGUGCCCCAGUCUCCAUUAAAACAGCACUGCUGACUUUAGCAUGAAUGUAAAAUUAUUUGAGGUGAAGAAACUGGAAACUUGAUUGUCAGGCAGAAAAUAGCAUGUGAAACAUGGCCUUAGAUCAGCCCUUCAGGCCUUACCUGGGCUAAAGCUCUAGAGAGCUUGGCAUCUUCAGCUAAGCGGGAGAAAAAGACGCUUAAUGUGGCCUAUGACCUAAUCUACAAGUGCACCUGACAGGAACAUAUGAGCGAUGUAAAAUUAAAGAAGGCAAGGUACAAGACUAAUUGCUAAUGAGAAAUGCAGGUUGGAAAUUGGAAACCUUGCUGGCUUGGGGAGGAGCCUGCCCUUGUUGCCAGGAGGACAGUGGACUUGAUAUCUUCCUAUUCUUUUUCAGCUACAGUGAAUCCAUCCCCUUCCCAAAAAAAUCAAUUUGUAAUUCCCACAGACAUUGCCAGAUACUGUUGGUUCUACUGUUGGGGGUGGGGGCGAUAUUCUGUUAGGGUUGCUGGUGUUGGUCCCAUAUUUUAAGCUGCUGUCCCUUAUCCCAGAGCCUUGUACAUCCACCGCACUUUAAUGGACAUCCUUUAUAUCAAACGCCGCAGUUCAAAGCGUUGCUUGUUUUCGAAAUAUUGACCUGGGAGCCUUGGAAGUCCUUUGCGUGUUGAGACAUAAAAGACCUUGGAGACAGGAAUAGAACACCUGAGUUCCUUAGGUCCAACUUAGCUUUAGGUUGUUGCAUUUUGUGCCACGACCAGGGGAUUUAAAAUACAAAAGGACAAAAGUGGACCUGGUACACCUUCAAGUUUGUUUCUACGGUGGAUUUCACAUGUCUGUCUCUCUCCCCUACUGCUUUUAAGAGAUACAAAUUCACAAGGUCAAGUGCUCUCUACACAACGUUCUCCCCCCCGAAACUCAGCCUUUCUUGUUAGGCAAGAGUUGUAAAAUACCAGCAAAGACAAAUAUGGCAAAGAGGAUUUGAACAAUGAGAAAAGUGAAUUGGUUGCUUAACAAGUUAAUUUAAGAGAGUUUAUUUUAUAUUAUUUAUUCUUAACAUUGUUCCGUGGGGUAGGGAUUCCUUGGCCAAACUUGAAUUCUUUGUAGUAAAUAGCUUCACCAGAAACCCUUAUAACUGGAGGUACUGCAUAAAGUGGGGAGGCAUUUUCAAGAAUGUGCUACUGAGUUUUCAGAUAAUGAAGCAUGACCAGUCCCAUCCCCUGGCUUAUAUUUGCAUCCCUCUGAUUUAUUCUCCACUUUGGGUUGUUUUGUUGUUUAAUUUGGGGGGUUGGGGGGUAGAGAAGGCUAUUGGAUAUAGAGAAUAAAUUCUGCCAUGUCUCUGCCUCGCCAUUAUUACAAUUGAUUUUUCAGUGCUCCAAUGACCCAGCCCCAUUACCAUGGGAAUAAAAGUAUUUUAUAAAAUGCA